AUGAGGAAUGCCACUAACUUGCGAUGUUAUUGGAGUUCCCAAUAUGUUAAUAAAGCUGCAGUGACUGUGGAAGUCAAUUUAUUUGAUUCGGUAAAACUUGAAGUAGUGCAUAAUACAAGUGAAUCUGUGUCUUCCGUCUGGAAGCUGAAAAAUAAUAAUUUUCAAUCCCACGUGAAACAUACCACAGAGGAUAGGUGAGUUAUAAACAAAAUAAAAACAUUGAAUGUAUAACCUUUAUAAUUGUAAAAUUCGACAUAUUCGCUGCUACAAGACAUGUAGUCUUCUUUACUAUGUAAAUGGCUGUAUUAAGAGACUAACAUCCUUUGCAGACUGUAACUUGUUUCCUUGUGAAUCCUGUUGAAUAGUUUCCCUCAUGGAUGUUCCAUGCCUGGAUGCAGACCAGAUUACCCAAGGAAGUUAUUUUGAGUAAGCUAGGCACCUCCAGUUCUUAUCCAUCCCUGUUUGGACUCAGAUCAGGAAAAUGUUCCAGGCGGAUUUAAAGGAAAACUCCAUUAAAAAAAAUUAGUUGAUAUGCCCCCAAAGGAACUAGGCAUGUACAUUGUUUCACAAGUUUAAUUUGGGGGAAAGAAAUUUUGUUUUGCAAUAGCUGCAGAUUUGGCCAGCCCUCCCCAUUCUUCCCUAGCACAGCCUUUCUGUAGCUGUCCAUUCACAGACUUCUUAAUGGGCUGGUUAACACGUCAUUGAGAGUUUUUGCAAGGUAGGUGCUCUGUGAAAUUAUCUGCUUAAUGGGUUUAGAGCCAAGGAGGUGUAACAAGGCUCACUUAUACAAUUGCCAAUUUCUGUUGAUAUUAGCACCUUUAUAAAUUGUUUUAAACAUAUUCUUCUAGACAUAUUCUCCUAAAGCAGUGGUAAGUUACCUUCAGAAACUCCAGAUGUUGUGGGCCACAUGUCCUCUGAUGACAGUGAGAGCAUUAUGGGAAAUGUAAUCCACAACAUGUAGAGUGCCGAAUGUUGUCUACCCCUUUUCCAAGGCCCUGUUAGUGCUUAACGUAUUUAAAGUGUUACUCUAAAUUAGUACCUUGGUAUAACAGUCCAUUGGAAUACCAAUUAAAGGACUGACACUCUGAGCACCAGAACCACUGCAGCUUACUGUAAUGGUUCUGUUAUAAAUAUAUUUCCCUGCAGCCUAAGCAACGCAAAGGCAGUUGGCAUGAGGUAUAAGGUAACCUCGAGUGGCUGUCACACAGCCACUAAAGGCCCUUCCUAGUGCGGUCCUGUAGUCUUUGUAGGACCAAUGUUGGACAUCUUCACACUCCGCAUGAAGAUGCUCCACAUGGAGAUGCAUUGCGUCAAUGAAUCUCUAUGAAGAGAUGCUGAUUGGGCAGCAGUGUGAUACAGAACACAGCAUAUUGGGGGCUACCAAAUGUGUGUACAUAUGUGUCUAUUAUGGUGGGUACCUUUAAGGAUGAUGCUACAAUAUCCAGGUAAGUCUUUAUUUCAUGACAAAAGUAAGCUAUUUUUAUUAGCCUCAAGAAAGUGUAUAUUUUACAAUUAGAAAUGAACGUGAUGUGGGAAUAAUAGCAAGUAAUCUUUAGAAAAAAUUACAAACUGAAAGUCUACCUUUUAACCUAUACAUUUGCUUGUAUACCUAUACAUUUCUAUGGCUCAGUAGAGAUGCACUCUGUAUACCUACCCCGAGCUGACCUUGUCGUUCACAUCUGUUGCCAAUAACAGAUCUAUUUUAAACAAUGUAACAGUCAGUGAAACUAACUCGCUAACGGGGUAGGUGGAAGGUGACUUGGUCAGACAUUGAGGCGAUAUUCUCUGAGACAUGAUAUGAGUUGUACAGAUCCUUCAGUGAGUGGAAAUUAUCCAAAUCUUCAUUAAAAGUUAAACCUCAAACCAAGGUGCUGCUGGUAACUGCUCAUCUAAUGUCUUUUAUUGGAUUUUGCAGAUGUGAUUCAUGCUAAGAAUGUGAGGUGAAAUUCACACUUCUAUCAGAUCAGGAAUAAGACAGAGAGUACAAACGUAUAUGAAAUUAACUAUCAGAUGCUAUUUAAAAAUCCCUGUGAAAUUGUAACGUCAGUAAAGUUAAGAGAAUAUAACACAAGCAGAUUUCUGUUCAUGAAUAUGAGAGAUUAUAAGUGAGUGAUUAUGGUAAUAUGGUAAUAAAAAAAACCUUAAAGCAACAAGUGGCCCCAAGAUGAGUCCCGUAAUUUUUCCAAAGUGGCCCCAAGAUGAAUCCCCUAUUUUUCUUAGCUCUACUGAGUUCGGACAAGUUGGGUGACCAAUGACUUCAUUGGAACACUGAUUCAGUAGUUCCAUCGGAAAGGAAAAAUAAUCUCUACGUGCAAAAUCCAAACAUGCAACAAGUACAGUUACACCAAGUAUCUUUACUAUGAUGGGUAUUAAUAAUGCAUUAUUUUUGAUCACACUAUAGUUUUACGUUUCCACCUUCUUUUUAUUACUCUAUUGGAUUUCCAUGUCCUUAUUGUCAACUUCUGUAAACAAUCAGAGGGGUCCAGCAUAGUCCAUAGACUUAUCUAAGGAUAGAAAUUUGCUUGAAUGUUGCUCAUAUCAAACACAGAUGACUCAAUCCAUCAUUAGGGAUAGUAGGAAUUAUCAUUGAGAUAUUUUGCAAUCUUGUAUCCUGGCAAGUACUCUGCUAAACUCCUUGACAUCUUUCUUGAAAUGCAUCUCGGGUCUAACCUAUUUUUCCCAAUCAAGGUUCGGUUGAGCUGAGCCCCAUUCAUAUCCAUGGAAUUUAACUUAAGGAAGUUCAGAUAGUAAGAAGAAUUCUCAGAGCACAUGUCUUCUCCAAGUUAGGGGCUACAAACAAAAAUGUUGGACUUUCUGAAUUUCAUAAAGUUAAAACAAGUGUUUUGAUAUUCAUCCAUUGAUAAAAAAUUUUUAGUUAAAGAUUAAUUCAACAGAAAAUAAUUCAUGUUGAUAUCAUCUAUAUUAUACAGAGGAAUUAGUUCUCUAGAUCUCACGACGGUUACGGAAAAGCACGCUGGAGAAUAUGAACUCUCAAUCAGUAAUGGAAAAAACAACUACUCCAUACAAAUUGCCGUGAAAAUAAAAAGUAAGUAAGUAUCCAAUUUAUAUUAUAUUAUAUAUUAUAUUAAAUUACUGAUAGAUUUGUGCAUAUAUAAUUAAUAAAUAGGAUUUAACAUGCUUGGUUGUGUUAUACAUAAAAAAUUGUAUCAGAUAAUAUUGAAAGUAUAUUCAUUUUUAAAGAUCUAUUAAUUAUUGUAUUUAUUAAAGUUAUGUGAAACAAAUCACGUAGGAUUUUUGUUUUGUUUUUAAAUCAUCAAAGCAUCACAGGAGAUUCUGCAUCCAUGGUCCUUUUUUUUCCAUUUUCAAAAAGACGGUUGUUUAUUUAAUUAAUAUUUAAUUGUAGAGGUCGAAAAACAAACAAACAAUCGUACCAAACAAACAAACUCAGAAUUAUGUAAAUUAUGGGCAAAAUAACCCAUUCAUAAAAAUUAGCCAACUUUUUAUGGUUUCAACUUUAACUAGGUAAAUUUUACUGUUUGGCUUUCAGUUCCCUAAAAUACACUAUUCAUUGUAUAAGCCAUGAUGUUGACUUUAAAUGAAACACUGCAUCAGGUAAGAAUUUAAGGACAGUUUCACCAUCUCCCACUUAGUUUCAUGUUCCUUAAAAUGUACUCAAAUAAAGAUGUUCCUACUAGCCUCUAAUCAGCAGAUACAUUCUAUUGGUUUACUUGAUGAAGUCUUUACUUUUAGGAGUUCAACCCACUUUUCUGUUGACAAUGCUACUUUAUUUCUCUCCCAUUGUGCUUGUGUUGCUAGUGGUAUUUAUGUCUGGGAGUUAUUUUUUUAAUCAAUGGCCUACAGUUUGCUCUAAAAUAAAGAUAUACAGACCGGACCCCUAAGAGGCACCUACUGGACUAUCUUCAAGGGAGAGGAGUCAUGUAUCUAGAAAAGCAUAGCAAUAGCAGUUACUGAAACUACAUUUCCAACAAGCUCUCUCUUCAAGAACUGUAUAUAAAAAUUAUUCUUUAAAGCGGGUCUCUCACGAAUAAUAAACUUGAUCUAAUCUGCUUCUGUAUAGUUGCCCGUGUUUGAAUCUAUUUUUAUUACUUCCCUGAGUGAUCUAGUUUUCAUACUUUUCCUUAUGUAUAGCAGUCAAGUUGCUACAACCUGACAAUGGACUGGGCUUAAUCAAAGUUCUUUUUCAAUUGUCCAUAUUUACCCACAAUCCAUCAGUAAAUUGAUGGGCUAAAAACAGACAUCAUGGGUAGAAAAAAACAAAAUCAACAAAAUGUAUACAAAAUCCUGGUGUGUGAUAAAUUGUAUUACACACUCUAACACCUGUGUGGUUUCCUUUCCUCAUUUAUUUUCCCAGGUAAACCAAGAAAGCCAUAUUUUGAAGAAUAUAGAAAUAAUGUGAGCUGUAUGUCUGAAAGCUAUCCUGCACCUUCGGUUGUUUGGAAAUUCUGCGAAAAACCUGAUGAUAUAAGGUAUUGUGAGAAACAUCACAUUGAUUAAAUAUUACUCAUGACACAUGUUAAGAACGAAACAAUGUCUUUAGCUCUUACCAUUCUCACCAUAUUUGCUGAGCCACCUUCCUGUCUCUCCAGCUGUUUACCAGCACAUAAGGUGUACUUUUGUCUUACAUUGUAGUGAUUCACACGUUGCUUCUUGAUUAUAUCCAUGGUUUUUCAUUUCUAAGUUGUCUUUAGAAUGUAUCAUUAUUUUGUGCAAUACCGUUAUUAUUGUUAUUUAUUAUAGUUGAUAGGACAGAAUGUUUGCAGUGGUAUAAAUAGAUUCUUCCCGCUAUUGUUGCCAAGUUUUUGUCCUGUCCUCUCAGCCUUGGGACAGCUCCCUUCUUACUGACCUUUGUAAAGGCUGCUUACUGGCAGCAGCUGAAUUCAAGGAACAAGUAAUUUCUACACCCCCACCUGAUUUAAUAGGUUGGAUAUGGUGAGCAUUAGCUAAAGAGUUAUACGAAUCUGGUAAAAGGCUAAAUAUGGUCCAUUUCACAAAUCUUCACCUUCAUCUCAAGAUGAUUUAAGAGGAUCAAACGUUAUGCCCUAAGCAACGAGGAAUUGUGCAACCUCUGAAUCCCUAAAUACAAGAUCUGUGGAUUAGCUAAUUGCAUUAAUAAGGAUCUUAUCCAGAUGCCACCCUGUCCAAAGUAUCUGUCGAGAGCUGUGAAAGCAUGGAUUGGACAUUUGAAAGAAGAUAUAGUUAAAGGGAUAAUGCAUGGAAAACGUCUGUAGUUCCUAAAGGAUGUUAGAUGUUAGGUGAGUUUGUUUCAGAAGAAGCAAUGGAUCUACACAGAACAAAGAAUACCCUAGCUUAGACUUUGAAUAACAGACAUAUCUUCUAAAGAAAAUCUCUGUUCACUACUGUUUUGCAUUGCUUGGAAAGUCAAAAAAAGUUGGAUUUACAAAACGGAGGGCUUCCAUCCCCAAUAGGGUCAUUCACUUCUUCCAAGGGGGAAAAACCCCAAACAAAAUUCUACCAGGACAUCUAAAUACCCAAUACAGCAUCAAGCGAAAAAGAGAAAGGGGGGUACAAAUAAAAAUGAAAAAUAAUAAAUCAGUGCUUUAAAUGGAUACUAUAGUCACCAGACCAUGUACAACGUCUUUUAUUUUUUCUGGUGAGUAUAGUCAGUCCCUGCAGGCUUUCAAUUGUUAACACUGCCUUUUCAGAGAAUGUUGUGUUCCUGACCCCAUAAGCUUUAUUUGACAUAAUUUUUAAUGAGGAAAAAAAAACAAUGCAUAUUAAAAUUUUAUGGAGUAAUAAUAUGUUCUAGCCAAAUGUUACUAAACACCCCUAAAACAAAUUGCAACACACAAUGCCUUAUAGGGUUACUUUAAAUAUUUGAAGUGGGGACCUGUUCUGAGUCUCCCUCCAUUUUGAAUAAAACCUGUAAAAGGUAAAAAAGCCAAAUUCCAUGGCCCCUCCGACAUUGCAGGGGCCACGCGCUGUCCAAUCACAGGAUUCUUAUUAAGCGCCAUCCUACACAGAGCGACAGGCAGGAGGGGGGUGCUCUGUGCACCCUCUUCUUCCUGUCACUCUGGGUAAGCACCACCCUGCUUAGUUCCCAAGUGUUCCAGUGAAUUGAAAAUGUAUGUGUUAUGGUAAAUCAAUCCAGUAAAUGUAUCCAAAAGGGAAAUAAUAAUUGGAAAAUUGUUAUCACAGAUGCCAGUCAGAGAGGACGGGGAGCUCAGUACUGUAUAUACUAUGUACAAGCCCAAUGGCCAAGUCACAGCCAGCAACUUCCAACAUUUGAGAAUUUACGAGCAGCCUGUGUCCUGUGUGGGAUGUGGGUGAGAGUUUUUAUAGACAACAAGGUUACACAGCAGAACCCACAACUCGAUCACAAAUGGCUGCUUUCAAGGAGAGUGCUUCUACAGACUGACAGAAGAUGAGAAAUGCCCCAAGCUGAUCUAAUAGCAUAAUAUCAGAACAACCAGGUUCUGGACUACUUUUCCAGAGGGUUAAAUCCAACAGCAAUAAAGAGAGAUGUCUGGAAAAGAAUAUGGAAGUUAAUCCUGGGAUAUGGGUUUUCCCCCAUCCCUCUUAACCCAAGAAUGCUGAGGAAAUAGCAAAACAAAAUCCAUUCAUUACAAUUCUCUCGUACUGGCAGUAGACCAUGGCUCUCUCUUCUCACCAGACUGACCAAGGAACCUCUAUAGGAACCACCUAAUAAAUGUGGUUUAUAAUUUUGCAAUAAUUCUCCCUCUCUAUCUUCAUUGCUUAGGUAUUACCUCUAGGUAAAUACCGCAGCGGUUAACCUGAAUAAGGAAUAUAUAGUCAUACUUAAUGUAGUUUAUUGUUUCUGCCAUUUAUCCAUGACAGCAUUUUAUAAACUCUCUUUAUAAAACACUAAUUAAGAUACUGUUAAACUAUUUGGGGUGCGAUCACCCCCUAUCAUUUGAUGAAGAAGGAGUUACCCUAAAGUUAAUGCUGCCAUGCAUAUUGAGUACAUUUUCAUUGUUCUUUUUUUCUUGUGAUGGUAUUUACAAGUGAUAUAUAUAUAUAUAGAUAUAUAUAUAUAUAUGAUGUAAUAAGGUCUUCCUGUGAAAUGUUUAUUUUCUGCUGUAGUGGUUAUGGUACCAGGAUUACCUUGGCCCUGUCUCACAGUAAGAUGUCAAACCGUUUUAGUGCAAUUUGACAACUUACCUAUGUUUGUUACUGCAUUCCCUAUAUCGGAUCUUAUUCAGCAAAAAAUCUGGAUUUCUCUAAAGAACAGCUGAACACUCUCUGUGAAUGACUGUGGUCCAGUAUCGGCUGUCCGUUGCUCUAUAAGAUAUCGGACUUUCCUUGUUGGAGAAGACAGCAUACAUAUCUGGCACCUAGCAGGAUCAGCAAUGAAUUUCAUAAUCAGUAUAAAUGUAAAUAAAUUCCUGGUGUAAAAGAAUCUUACAAUAAACCAAAACCCGCAUAGAUCAUCUUCUGUUACAUUUAAUGAAAGUGAUUUUUUUCUAUACCUGGAUUUUCUUAAAAUUGGUAAAAGUACAUUUAAACUGAAGUACAAAUGUUUGAUAUCUUUUUAUUGAAAACAUAGAAUAAAAGGGUUGUUUUUAAUCACUUUACUGUGAUUGAUCAAAAAAAGAAAAUGCUCUUUAAUAUUAUAAUAAUGAACAAAUGAUCUUGAUGAUUUAUUACAGCUGUGUAAAAAACAAUGGCAAAAUUACUAGCAGCAGCACAGACAGUUACGGAGUAAAAAGGGUCAUGAACAGUAUCGAAGCUAGCUAUCUUCUAGAUGAACAUAUCUGGUGUUGUGCCAGUAACAGUGUCGGCGAGGAAUGCACUGAGGUUUACACUAUAGGUAAUAAACAUGAUUUUAUCAGAUCUGUCAUAUAAAUUAUCCAUUAAGUGUUUUCUACCUUGCAUAAUCAAUAGCAGACAGCCUAAAUGUCCAAUGAGCUAAGAGUGAUUAAAACGUAUUGUACUAUAAUUGAACAUAUUUUGUUAUUUCACUAUUUAACACCCACCAUUACAUUUCUUUCUACCAAUAGCACAGUGAUAAGUGAUACAAUUCUCUAUAUUGUAGAAGAGAUUCAAUGAUGGGCAUUAACAGAUUGAUUGUUAUAUUUCUAUGAUUUUACUAUGGAAAAUUUUCACAUUUUCCACAAUAUUGCCAUCACUAUAGUAUUGCACAAAUUAGCAGAAACACGAGAUUUUGUUGGACCCUAUAUUGCUUUCCUAACCUGGGGUUAAGGGGCUGGAGAUAGAGGCUUUAACUAAACCUGUUAGAUUUUAGUUGUGUGAACUAAAGUCUACUGGAGAGUGAGUCGAUUAAAACUAGACAAAAACUAGUUUAGUAUUUACUAAACAGUGAUUUAUUUAUUUAUUUUUAUUUGCAUUUGAGCAGUGGAGUGUCCUUUUAAGAUUAGAAUAAUGUGAGUUACUUCAAAAAUGGAAAGGAGUUUUUCAAUUGUUUUAAGACUUAUAUUUUGAUUGUAACUGCUCCGUAUCUGCAAUAUUCUUUUUAUUUUUUUAUUUUUUUCAAGAUCUUGGAUCAAACAAACAUGCGCCUGAAAUAUUACUGAAAAUUGGAGAGCCUAUUGUCAUGCGAUGUCGAGCUGUUUAUGAUACGUAUAAGUUUCAAGUGAUGUGGGAAUUUAAAAAUGAAGUAAGAAAUAUUCUAAUACUCUUUCAUUUGUUGGUAAUCAUGUUAGUCAGGCAGAAGGGAUGAAGAAAUAUGAGUUAGAUAUUCAUCUAUAUAUAUCAUGGGUCGUCAACCUGGUCCCUACCGCCCACAAGUGGGCAUUUCAGGAUUCCAGGUGGGCGGUAGGGAUUUCCUCAUUUGGAGAGAUUGGGUGGGUGAGUGCGAGCCGGCGGUACCCCUGCGACCGGGUACCGCCAUCACCAUUUGCGGCCUUGGCCCGCGCGGCAAACUGCCGGGGCCGCCGUCCAAGGGGUUCAUCGGGUGGCCUAUGCUGUCAGGGCCAACCGAUGGAUGUGAAUUGUAAGGGGGCCCGGUCAGCGCUGGGCACUUUAACAGUGCGACCGGGCCUCCUGUGAUUACAUUAAACACUGGGAGGAAGUGACUGCACGUCACUCUUCCCAGCUAAAACACAGACAGCGUGGGAGGAAGCAGAGGGAGUCAGAGUGGGGACUCCCAUCCACCUGAGCCACCACUGAACCCCAGGGAAAAUCACCCUCCUGCACCUUAAAGGUAGGAAACAGGAGGGUGACUUAAAUAUAUUGUGUUUGUGUGUAUGUGUCUUUGUAUGUAUGUCUUGUGUGUGUGUGUCUUUGUAUGUAUGUCUUGUGUGUGUCUGUCUGUAUGUGUGUGUCUGUCUGUAUGUGUCAGUAUGUGUGUGUAUGUGUCUUUGUAUUUAUGUGUGUCUUAUGUAUGUGUCUUUGUAUGUAUGUGUGUGUCUUUGUAUGUAUGUCUUGUGUGUGUGUGUCUGUAUGUCUUGUCUUUGUAUGUAUGUGUUGUGUGUGUUUUGUCUUUGUAUGUAUGUGUGUCUUAUGUAUGUGUCUUUGUAUGUAUGCGUGUCUUGUGUUUGUAUGUAUGUCUUAUGUGUGUGUGUGUGUGUGUGUGUAUGUGUGCCUGUCUGUUUGUAUGUAUGUGUCUUUGUAUGUGUGUAUGUGUGUCUUGUGUGUGUGUUUAUAUGUAUGUGUGCCUGUCUGUUAUAGUGGGCUAUAGUAAGUAAUAGUAAGUGGGCUACCUAGCUCAGUCUUCCUACUGGGCAUUGGUAUAAGUAAGGUUAAAAAAUAGAAAAAAGGAAAAAAAAGUGGGCAGGGGAAUUGAGGAGGGGACGCACAGAUGAGAAAUCAUAUUAUGCGCAAACAGAGAAGUCGUCUGAAUAUCACCGAAAGAGAAGAGCUUCGUUUGUUCCUUACGAAAAUCGAACCAGAUAUAAAAUAUUUAGUCUCGCAGCAUCAACCUCAAGGUUCUCAUUAAUCACUAGUAAAGGUAAUUUCAAUUCACUGUAUUGUUUUCUCAUUAAACUUUAUAAAGUUAAAAACAUCAUAAUCAUGCAUUAAGUUGAAAUAAAAAGAUAAAUGUACGUAAAACACCCUCCUUUCUAAAAAUUAGAAAAAGGUUUUUAGAAAAAGGUUGACUACCACUGAUAUAUAUCAAACAUAAACCUUCAAUAUACUGAAAACCUAAUUUUUGUAAAGAAAACAGUCCAUGGCUUUAACUAAUGAUAUUCUAUAUCUCAGGGCUGGUUUUUAAUUAUAUGGACUAUGAUAAAUACAGCUGAUUCAAAAAUAUUAAUAUGAGCAAAAAGUUAAAACAUAUAAAUCAAAUGUUAAACAAUUACAUGUACCUUGCACUCUCUUGGUAAAUGCCUUCAAGAUAACUAAGAAGAUCUAGCAAACACAAAGAUCAUCCUUAGGGGUAAAUUACAAUCUAUCAUUUGUUAUUUAUUAACAUAUUGACAGCAUCUAAUUAGCCAUUAAUGAUAUCGUAGUGAUUAUUACUACCCACCAUUCCAAUACAUUGUAUAUUACGCUAAACACUUAUGUUUUGGUAUUCACAAUCUUUCUAAAGAGCAGUCAUUUACACUCUCAGGAAACCAUGACACCAACUCUUAAAAGUCAUUGUAAACACUUUUUUUAAACAAUUAAACAAUGCCCCAAUGUUCCCAAUAUUCAGAUUGAACACCACAAGCAACGCCCUUGACUUUAUAAUGCAGCCACCUAGGUAAAUUGUUAAAAUAUUCUAAAAUGGUUUGACAAAAUACUCUCGAAGGGUGCUAGAGUGUUUCUGGCACCAUAGUUACGGCAGUUCGCUCUCAUGGUUAUGGUGCCAGGCGUGCCCUGAUGUCCCUCUAAUGUAAGAAGCCAAGCCAUUUUAGAAUGGUUUAACUUCUUACCCAGGGUCUGCCGAACACCAUCCUUCUCCUUCCCUAAUGUCCUCAGAGAGCUGGUAGCUCUGUGUCUAGGCUAAGCCCUGUGAUGCAGAACAUUCUGGAUCCCCUGGUUGGAGAGAGGAGGCAAGGAGUGGUGCCUGGCACCUUUCUAAAAUGGUUUCACUUCUUACCAUGUGAUGCACCAGGAAUCUCCUGGCACCAUAAUGACUACAGCUGGAUGCGGUGGUUAUGGUGCUUAGAGUACUCCUUCAAUGACAAAAAAUCUUACUUCAAGGCAUGUACAUGUACUCUUUCCACUAGAUGAUGUGCAGAUUACACUCUUUAAUGAGUACUUUUUUCAACUGUUUGUAUUUGGAUUCUUCAUAGGUACACUGCUUUGAGGAAAGCAUGCAUAUUGGUCAUAAUUCUACGGUUAGAGUAUCAUUCAUGUCUUCUAAGUCGGUGAGAAGUGAAGAAAGUGGAACAUACAUGUGUGUAUCAACAUUUUCCCGCAAUUCUACAACAGUUACGGUCCUAGGUAAUAUUUUAUAAUAAUAUUGACAUGGUGUUAACUGUUGAAUUACAUUCUGGACAUUCAGGAAAUAUGGACUGUCAGAGCUGCAAUAUUUGAAGUGAAUACUUGCUUUGUCUUGGGAUAUGCAGGUGAUGAACAUCAGUAAAUUUCAGAGUUCAGUGUUGUCUAGAAACUGAAAGUUCUCAGGUACAUUCUGUGAAAAACUGCUGGGUUGAUUCAUUGAACACUACAUUGAACCGAUUAGAAAACAAUGUUGCAAACUUUAAGCCAUAUUAGCCAAGAUGAAAAAUUCUCAAACUUAUCUGUAGACACAUCUAUUCUAUUUAUGUCUAAAAUUUUGGGGUGGUCAAAUGACCAAUCACCAGCUACCGGUCAGUCUCUUAGAAAAUAUUGAUAGAUUGCACAUUACUGCUAUGCAUUCCCUGCAUAUAUCAAGUUAGAUUUUGAAAAGUCCCCAUGGGGCACAGAAACUCAAGAAUUCAUGUUUCCACAACUAUCCCAGGGUCCCCAGCUUAUCAUGGAAAUGAGCACAGACAGGUAUCGUGUUUCAGACUUCAAACUUAAUUUUUAUAAUUUUCUAAUUGCACUGUAGAGAUUUUUGUGUUUGGGCUCACCACAAUCUUUUUGGUAUCUAGCUCUCAGAGAAGCUUGACUUGUAGACCAGAAUCAGCACCAUGCUGAUGAGACCCAGAAGGUCGAAACUGUAGUCCAUGGCUGGUUUCUGGUCCUAUUGGAUUACAGCCCAUGCUUAUUAAUUUAAAGCUGUAUUUAAAACAAACAAUGCCCAUUGCGAAGGAUACUCAAUUGCAUGUCAAGUUGGGAAUUCUGGGAUAGUUGUGGAAACAUGAUUUAUUGAGUUUCUGUAAACAGGGAAGACCCUUCAAAGUCCAACUUGAGAUAUGCAGGUCAUGUAUAACAGUCAUUUUUGUAUUAGUUCUAUGGGGAGUAUUAUCAUGUUUGGUUUCACCACAGUCUUUUUUUUGGUGCAUACAUACAUCGCUUGUCCACACUUUACUAUUCCGAACAACAUUCUAAUGUCCUUGCUGUAUAUCUAAUUAGGUAGAUCAGUGAAUCAAUGUUCCUCUCACUCUUGGCAUACAGCUAUAUGGCUUCUCUCGCUAGCUAGUAUGCUAGCUGUUUUUAAUGAGGCCCUAUCUACAAUCCCAAAUAACACCAUCACAAAGACCACAAGCUCAUUUAUGCCACAGCACCUGUGGUCCAUCAACAGCAUGACUGACUAAGGUCAGACUGAAAGAGAAAGAAUAAUGCACACCAUGUAAACUACGUUUGGAAGCCAAGAUAACGUGAACACAUGAAGAAGUUAGUAAGCUAGUUUAACUUUACAGAGGUGGAAAGAUGAAGGAUAGAUCCUGUUAUGAGGAAAUACAAGGAUAUGCUCAUACCACAGGCUCUGGAAACAGUCAAGCAAAAGCUCGCAGCAAUAGUAAUCGUAAAGAGCAGACGCACCAGAGAAGCAGAGGCUAAGAGAAUAAAUGUCCUCUUUAUCAAAGAACCAUACAUGGUGUAUCUACAGCUGCACUGUAACAACAUUUCCACCCUAGAUCCAAACAAACCUGAGACUGAACAGUGCUGGUAAAAGGUAUGUGCAAAAGAAGUAUUACAUAACAGGAAAUCCCAGUGGCUACUAAACAUGAAAGCAAAAAAUUAUACUGCACUAAAAAUUUUAGAUAGAGUUCAUUACUUCAUUUAAUAAUUCAUUGUUAUGUUAUGUGAGUAUAAUUCAUUAAUUUUAGCAAAUUUGACAAUAUAUACAAUUAAAUCAGACAAUAUGUUAUGGUAGAAACAGUGUAUUCUGUGACAACUAAUGUUACUCCAUGUAACUAAAGUCCCCUAACCACAGGUUUGUAAAUAAUCAAUAAUGUUGAACUGCAUUAAUAUAUCUUAGAGUCCAAAGUACCAUCCAAAAAAGCAAAAAGAUGUAUCAAAAAUUAGAAAAAUUAGAAAAAAUAAAAAAAAGAUGAAAAAGAUGAGAAAAUGAGAAAAUGAAAAAAAUGAAAAAAAUUGCAAAAAGAGAAAAUAAGGUAUAUACAGUCCCAGUGUGUACACACUACAAUAUAUGGGUGGAUCUCACCACAUUCUCCAAAGAUAUGGGUCCUAUUUCGGGCGGUAUGUAUAUCUUGAUGUAUUAGCCGUGGUGCAAUGGUAGGAUCUAGGAUCUGACUGUAGGCAUGUAUUUGAGUAUGUGGGUAUGACUGUAGGCAUGUAUUUGAGUAUGUGGGUAUGAUUGUUUGGGCCUGAAGCUUCAGCACUAGUGAUGUCCCGAACGGUUCGCCAAACGGUUCGCUGAGGAUGGCGAACAUAAACAUAAACUUUGACCCUGUACCUCACAGUCAGCAGACACAUUCCAGCCAAUCAGCAGCAGACCCUCCCUCCCAGACCCUCCACCUCCUGGACAGCUCACUAAGAAUGCAGCUUCACAAUGAAUGUAAAAUGGAUGCUGUCCAGGAGGUGGGAGGGUCUGGGAGGGAGGGUCUGCUGCUGAUUGGCUGGAAUGUGUCUGCUGACUGUGAGGUACAGGGUCAAAGUUUAUGUUUAUGUUCGCCAUCUGUGGCGAACCAUUCGGCGAACCGUUUGGGACAUCACUAUUCAGCAUGUUAGCCCCUGGGUUAAUCCAGCCCUGCAAGGCUUAGUGAAGGUUUAGUCUGACCCUGACACCCUUUUUCUAUGCCUUUCCGUGUAUUCAAAAUUAUUAACAAAACUCAGUUUGACACCUGAGUAUUUCUAAAAUGUUGUCAUGUAUUUAAAAAUUGGCUUUUUUCUUUCUUUCUUGUAGUAAAUAUUGUUUAAUUGUUUUGCUUCACACAGAUAAUGGAUUUAUUGAUAUGAACACAUCACAAGAAAAAUAUGACGUUAACAUAAACAAUGAACAAUUUUGUUUGGUUGCAUCAUUUGAAGCAUGGCCUGCAGUGCGUUGCGCAUGGAGUCAUGGCUUGCAUGUCUUUCCAUGUAACCUCACGACUUUAAAUGGUGUAAGGUAAAACAUAGUAAUAUCUUUAAUCAGUCUUGAUGUCAUCUAAAGGAUGUUUACAUUACAAACAAGCUGCAUUAACAAAAAUGAUCAACCUAUAUUUACAUUUGGACACAUAGGGCUAAGGCAAAGUGGGGGUUGGGUUAAUGGAAUUAAAAGUUAUAAAAUUAUUUUCCUAUUACUUUACAGUUGUUUGCAUUUCCUCUAAAAAAAAGCAUAGAUGGUAUUGUAUUCUCUACAUCCAUCACAUUUGGUAUUUUGCUGCUACUGAGUAAGAGUUGCUGAAGGUCUGGAGCCUCUAUAGACUCUUUGACGGUUUCUGUUGAUAGUCUAUUGUGAGAAAUAUCUUGCUUUAUGCUCUUCACCUGCUGUGUUCUAGAAUGCUGUGUUGCACUGGAGCUGAAUAUGAUGCCAUUAAAACAGGGGUAGGCAACCUUUGUUGUGAACCAGAUGUUGUGAACAACAUUUCACAUAAUGAUUUUACAGCCAUAAUGCUGGCAAAGCAUCAAGGAAGAUGUAGCUCACAACAUCUGGUGUGUUGAAGGCUGCCUACCCCUUGAUUAAGAGAAGAACGUUCUUGCUCAUUCAGUAGACCACCGAGUACCAUGGUACCUGGAUGCAGACUUAACCAGACAUUGUUUAGUUAAAUAGAAAAAGAAAGAUAAUAAAGGAAAACAAUAGGCACAGAAAUCUUAGAUUGAAACUCCACCACCUGAAAGACUAGCCAUCGAUUGUAAAGCACUGUUUAAAGCUUUAGAAGAUCACUUAUGAUUCAAGAUUUCAGGAGCUCAAGUCAGAGAUGGCAUGCACCCUUGUGAGACUUUAGACUCCUAAAAAGUGAAGAGCAGACAUUUUUAAUUUAUAUGGUUGGUGUUUAGCAAUAUACUGAUUGAAUAUGUCUACAAUUAUCCUUGGUAUUAUUUUGUAGCUUUUGAGCAAUACUUUCCCACCCACUCACUUAACCUACGUAAAAGAUUCUGAGAUUCUUAAAGUUGGUGGCUCACCCAUAGGUUCCAGAUAGUGUGCUUGAAAUUAUAUUUAGGCUCUUAUAUUAGCUCUGCAUAGUCUCUCCUAAGAGGUGUAUAGCCCACAUGGAGACAGAUAUAGGUGAGUAGGAAUGUGCAAGGGCAAAAAUUUGGUUCGGUUUGGAAAUUCGGGUAAGUAAAAAAAUUUGGCACUUCGGUUCGGUACUUCUGAAAUUUGGAACUUCAUCACUUCGGGACUUCGGCAAUUCGGGACUUCGGCAAUUUGGACAUUCCUAAGCAUCCCUCUCUUGUUUUGCCACUUUUCAUAAAUCAGAUGCACUUUGCCACAACAACCACUUACACAUAUGUAAGGCUCCCUAACACUAUCCCCUAACCCUAUCCCUAACCCAACCUCUAACCCUAAUUCUAACCCUAACCUCUAACCCUAACCACCACAACCACUUAAUCUCCAAGGUUAAUUAUUAUUAUUAUUAAUAUUAUUAAUGCAGAAUGUCUUUCUGAAUGACAGAUGUUGAACUGCAUGCUUCACAAUUUAACAUAUAGUCCAAACUAGUGGAAAAGGCAGAAAUGUUUCCUCUGCUGUGAAAUUCUAUAACCAAUAGAUUAAAUGAAUCACACGAUUUAAAGUAUAUUUAUGAAAAGUCCUUACAAUUUAUCACCUUUGUGCUAAUUAGCUUUAAAUCAAACAUUGAUAAAUGAGUCUACACCAUAUUUUUGUUAUGAUGACCAAAAUCGCCAAGGUUAGCUCAAGAAUGAAUAAUGCCCAGAACAUUAAUUAGAAAAUAGAAUUCUCUUCUACAUUAUUAUUAUUAUUGCCAUUUAUAUAGCGCCAACAGAUGAAGCUUUGGUUUAAUGACCAUCAGUAUAUGUCUAUAUAAUCUAGAACCAGACUGUGUACCGUGCCCUCUCAUGGUAUCUGAUAGUUGUAUAGUGCGUUACUGUGUCUUUUAGCUUUGGUGUAUGACCUGGCUUUGUAUUAUGACCUGUGUUGGCUUCUCUGAUCCAGCCGUCUACUACUGAGUUUAAGCUAUUUUUGUUUUCCUUAUUUUUACCUGUUUUUAUCUAUUUUCACCAUUUUAGAGCAUUUCUACUUUAGGACCUCUAUUGAGUUUUUUCGAUUUUUUCAGCCAAUUCAAGAUCCCAUUGCACAGCGAUACGAAAUCUGAUGGCGCUAUAUAAACAAUAAAAUAAUAAUAAUAAUCUGAAUGUUUCCCGUUUUCUUUAGUUGCUUAGUCUAUUAUCCAACAGCUGUUUUGGCAGUAAGGUGUCCAACCAGAGUUUAGAACUCUUCAUUGUGUUAACUUGAUUUAUGUAUUGUUUUCUCCAAAGUUCAUGUUUAAUCUUGUGAUAAUGAGGCUAUUGUAGUUCAUUCUACGUGAAAAAUGCUUAUACAUCUGCGAAUGAAAUGUAAACUAACACGUCGUUCUCAUUCUAACAGCAUGUCUAAAUAUUGUGAUCACAAACACAUACCAGGAAACUAUACAUUCUAUGUAGAAAAUGACGACGUGCGCCUAAACAAAACUUUUACGUUGAAUAUUCUGCGUGAGUUUAUCCUUUGUUGUCAAAUGCUCUUUAUGUUCAUUAUUGAAUUUCCUUUGAAGAUUACGGAGUCUAUACAUAAAAUAGAACUUUUUAUUACAGUCUUGUAAAACUGUUUAUGUUUAAAAGACAAUGCAUGCAUUAUGCAUGAGACGUCAUUUCAUUUAUUGCGUGGUAGUACAGGAUGCAAUAUUUCAAUGAAUUCAAUUUAUGCAUUCACUUGUGCGUAGCAGCUGAAAUAGUUUUUAAAUGGAAAUUGUAUUUAUAGAUUUAUUUAUUUUAGCUUCAACCUUGUUUUUAAAUAGAGGUUUUUGUUUUACAUUAACCAUCCGCUUGCAGAGUAGUGGAAGCAUGGACUAGACUCCCAAUGAAAGAGUGCUAGCUACCAUAGUAAGGGAGCUGCAAGUAUGGUGAGGAAAGUUAAGCUAUGUUUCAUGAAACAAUUAUGUAACUUAGCAAUACAAAAAUAAUGCAGGAUCUAGUUUUCGGAUAAUGCCGUAGUUUGAAUUAUACAGCUUAAAAUCAUAACAAAAAAGGUUAUUGUAAAAAUCAGAAAUUUAUUCAAAGCCUUACUUUGCAAAAUGUCAUGAUGUCAUGUUUUAGUGUGGCAAAUAUACUGACCACUUAGUAAUACGUUUAUUUUAGAAAACGUUAUAGCCGUCUGCAAGAUUUCUUUAUUAAUGGGAACACUAAUGGUUUGUAUUUUACCUGGAAGGAACAAUGAAAUCUGUGCUUCCAGUAACAUAGGUCUUUCUUACCUUGACACCAUAUUCCUUCAAGAAGCUCAACACUAGAAGUAAUGUGACGUAGCAGAAUAUAAGGGAAUAACGGGGCAGACAGAAAAAGGCAGACUGGUCAAACAGAGAUGCAAAUUUCACCUCUGAGGUCCACAUGGACGAAAAGUUCAAAAGUUCAUAGAGUAUUGGGACUGUGUAAAACUACUGAGACCCUAAUUAUAUUGUUUCACCAAUUUCGUAUGUUGCAUUUUAAACAUAACACUUAGAUUGUUAAUUUGUACCAUCAUCCAUCACUAAAUUAGUCCCCAUUCCACUAUGCAAUGUUAUGCAAAAUACUACAAUUUGUUUUGUACUCUCUCCCCAUUCACUAGUUCUUCCAGAAGCAUAAAACGUUGCCGUCUUUAUUUAUACAGUAGCUACUGUAAAAAUAUUCUAGCCCUGAUAGUUUAAGUACAUACUACCCAAGUAUCCCUAUUUACGAGGGACAGUCCCUAUUUUGGGUCCAAAUCUAUCCAUAACUCUUCUCUAUCCCAAUGCCCAUAUUUUAUAGUAGCGGAGUAUUCUUGAAUGUUUACGGAGUUCCAUGUCAAUAACACAGUAAUGUGUCUUUAAACUACAAUAAUUUCUUUAGGAAAACAGCCAGUAUAAACAAGAUCCUUUGUUCUUGUUCUAAAUUACAUUUUAUUUGAAAAAUUGCCAUUAGUAAGUCACUUAAAAGUUCUCAGAACAACUCUGCCCCAGGCCACACCCCAACUUACACCCCUAAAAUUAAAGUGGCCCUCUUUGACCCUCUUUGUCUAUUUGUAGUGUAGGGAGGUAUGUGAGCUUUUAAUAUUUUUGUUUUCUUAUAUCAUGAUUUUAAUUUGGUAGAAAUUUGAUGAAAAUCAUUGUCGCCUUAUUAUUAUUAUUAUUAUUAUUAUUAUUAUUUUUACAUCUGUUAGCUAGCUUGAAGCAAUAUUUUAAUUUGGUUUAAAACAAUCAUCAAUGUAAAAUACUCUGUUUAUUUUGAUAUCAGAAAGCAUAUUGAUUGAAGUGUAUUCCAUUAUCGACUUAUUUCAGAAAAGCCUGAGGUUUAUACAACGGUUAUGGGAGAUUAUAUCACUUGUGUUGCCUACGGUUACCCUGUUCCAAUUUGGAUCUGGAAAAGAGCUACUAAUAGCGAUUUCAAGUAAGUUUGUACCUACUUGUAGUUAAAUCAUGACGAGUAAAAGAGUCUGGGACCACUGUGAGAACUGGGACUCAUGCUGAUUUCAAUUUUUUUCUUCCUAAUAUACUACUCAGUGGAUGUUAGUACUGUAUUCCUCUCUUGCAACUGUCAUUAGUCUAAUACUAUCCUUACCUUUUUGUGUCACUAUACCCACUCCUUCUAGCAUGUAAGCUCAUUGAGCAGGGCCCUCCACCCUCUGUUCCUGUGUGUCCAACUUGUCUGGUUACAACUACAUGUCUGUUCGUCCACCCAUUGUAAAGCGCUGCGGAAUUUGUUGGCGCUAUAUAAAUAAUAACAUAAUAAUAAUACUUAAUGCUUGUUAUAAAGUAUUAUUUUUUAUUAUAAUUAUUUUGUGGUUUGUAUUCUGGUUUUGUGAUUGUUGUUUUUUUAAAUAAUCAGAGCAAUAUGCAUUUCUGUUUCAGUUUAAAAAAAAAGACACUCCUGCAAAAUUACAGUACACAUUAAAUAGUUCUGCUGAUAAAACUGAAAAAAUAAAGACUAAACUGUAAUCUUUGUCUGAGGAUACAUAUUAUUGAAAGAAAAAUAUAUAUUUUUAAAAUGAAAAUCUAAAAGCUUACAUGAGCCAUUAUGCUAUUUUAUAUAGUCUAUACUUUUAUAUAGAGUAAAAGUGACUUACGUUGUACUUGUAAAUUUAUCUCAAAUUAAUAAUGUUGUUUUCUGAAGCUGCACAGAACAUAUCUUAUAUGGAAUAACAUAUGGGCCAAUAAUAAGAACAUCUCACACAUGGGAAGUCCGAAGCAGCCUGGACACUAAGAAUCAUACCGAGUCAUUACAUAUCUGCUGCUGUGCCAACAACUCUGCUGGGAUAUCUUGUGAAACUACAUAUUUCAAAAGUCUUGGUAAGAACCACUAUUAUAUUGGACAAUUUAUCUAACAGAACAUCAGUGUAAGAAAGUAUCUCAUUUCUGAACUUUGGUCCCCUAACUAUUCUUCCUAUAAACUCUUUAAUUUAAAAAAAUAAAUGGAUACCAUUUCAUAAAGAUUGCGUCUCUGCUAUGUUACACUUUAAAAAAAAAAAAAAAGUUUUCUUUUAUUUAUACCUUAGGUGGUGAUAUGUAUGAAUUAUUGGUGUUCUGUAGUUUGGUGGAUAUCUCCAGAAGGAUAUCGAUACUUUAGAGAAAGUUCAGAGAAGGUCUACUAAACUGGUUCAUGGAUUGCAAGAUAAAACUUACCAGGAAAGGCUUGGAGGAAAGACGAGACAGGGAGGAUAUGACAGAAACAUUUAAAUACAUAAAGGGAAUCAACACAGUAAAGGAGGAGACUAUAUUUAAAAGAAGAAAAACUACCACAACAAGAGGACAUAGUCUUAAAUUAGAGGGACAAAGGUUUAAAAAUAAUAUCAGGAAGUAUUACUUUACUGAGAGGGUAGUGGAUGCAUGGAAUAGCCUUCCAGCUGAAGUGGUAGAGGUUAACACAGUAAAGGAGUUUAAGCAUGCGUGGGAUAGGCAUAAGGCUAUCCUAACUAUAAGAUAAGGCCAGGGACUAAUUAAAGUAUUUAGAAAAUUGGGCAGACUCGAUGGGCCGAAUGGUUCUUAUCUGCCGUCACAUUGUAUGUUUCUAUGUUUCUAAGUUUUACAUAGGGGGUUUUUCGUUGGGUGCCUUUAGUUAAAAAAUGAGGUUUUGAUAAAGGAUGAACCUUAAGAGCUGGGAUGUUUGAUGAGGCAAUGGAACUACUAUAAAUAUAGUUGGUGAGUUACUUUUGUGUGGGCAUUGGCAUGAUAGGAUAACCCUCUGCUAAAAUCUGGUCAUUGCUUUCCUGAACAAGAUUUCAGUAGAUUAACAGUAGAUUAUUUCAGUAGGUUAACAGCUUCAUUUAUUUAUUUAAUAGUCCCACUGUGGGGGCACAGGGUGGUAGACAGUCAUCUUUAAAUGCAAGGCCCCACUCGAUGCCGACAGGUAUGGUCACUGGGAGUUUAGGCAACGGCCCAGUUGCUAGUCUUUUAUGACUGCUGGCAGCCACUAUGUGUAUGGGGGAGUUAUAAUCCCUUAAUUGUGCUAAAGUGGGGGUCAUAUUGACCACCAUAGGCUUUGUUUUUUUAAUUUAAAAAAUUUUGCUCAGAAGAACCCAAAAAUCUCACCAUGCACAAAUAUUUGGAAUUUCUUUAAGUUAACCUAGAGAUGUAGCUUUGAACACCACAAAAAGCACAGCCCAGAUUUAUACGUACCUUCUAAAUUUUCAUCAAUUAAUUUUACUGAAGUACCUUCAUAAGUAAAUUUUACUGAAGUUAUGACUAAAUAUAUUUGUAACAUACACAUACCUGAAAACGUACAUAUUCUAUCAGGCAGCUGUUUAUUCUUGUUAUGAAGACGAGGAAGUGGAUUUGAUAAAUGGAGCUUUGUGAAGUACUCAGUUGCCUAAACAGAUGUGGUCUUGUCUGUGACAUGGGUAGAAUUUGCGAAUUUGAGUUGAUAUUUGGGUGGGAAGUGUGUGGAGCCACACGUGUCUUCAUUUCCAGGAGAAAUAGUGUUUUUUUUCAGACUGCUAGCUAAUUCGGAUGAAACCUAGAAAGUAUCCAAUAUGUAUAAAUAGCUAGCCUGUCAUGUUACAUCUUUCUUUAUCACAUUAUUUGUGGGUAUAUGCUUUUUAAUCCCCUCCUUGAUGGGUGGCAUGUCCCUGUGUUCUCAUUAAUUUUUCCUAACUUUUUUUAUUUAGAGGUUAACGAUUACCAAAUUAUAUAAAAUGUUUUUGCUUUCUUUUAACUUUGUUGGAUAUAUUUUUAGACAUAUAAUUUUGUUUAUCCUUUUUAAAUAUUUUGCAGAAGUGAAAUCUUUCCAAAUGGAUGAAAAUAAGUUUAUUUUGCCUCUAUCAGUUGGCAUUUUUCUUGUUGUUUUCAUCAUCGUGGUUUUCAAGAAGUGCCAAAAGGUAACGUAAAUCCGGCAUUAAAAUUAUUAAUCAAUUACAUUUGUCUAUCUAUUCCUUAUUUGCUGAUUUUAUUCUCUUUUUGGAAACAGCAACACAAGUAUGAAAGAAAGCUACAAAUGAUACAAUUUGUUGGACCUUCCGAUAAUGAAUACAUUUACAUUGAUUUCAGUGUGUUGGAAUAUGAUUUAAAAUGGGAGUUUCCAAGAGAAAAUCUGGAGUUUGGUGAGACCUUAGUGACUUGUUUGAUCCAAUAUUAAAGUCAUUAAUUAGCCAGUUCACUUUGGUGAAGUCACAAUAUAUUAAAUAGCCACGUGUGGUGUUCCUCAAGGUUCCAUUCUCGGCCCCCCUACUAUUUACAUUAUUUAUAAAUGAUCUGCCUAAUGUCUGCAAAUCCUCAAAUGUACACAUAUAUGCAGACACACACAGUAAUCUAUGCGAGCAAAUCCGAUCUACCGCAGCUUGAGGCUGUGCUCCAAGACCAGUUUACAGAGGUAGAAAAGUGGAUCACAAAAAACAAACUCUUUUUAAACACUGGCAAAACUGUCACAAUGAUCUUUGGAACAGUACCUAAAUUACACAAAUUACACAAUUCCCACCUAUCCAUCAAAACAAAUUCAAAUGGCACACUGACCGCAGCCCACUAUUUCAAAUACUUGGGUAUGAUGUUAGACCCCAAUCUAUCUUUUUGGCCUGCACAUAGAAAAGCUUGCAUCUAAACUUUAUCCAAAAUUAGGUGCCCUGUACAGAAACAAAUCCUGCCUAAGCCCUACCGUAAAGGAAAAGAUUUUACAGCAAAUGCUGAUGCCAAUCAUUGAUUAUGGGGAUGUAGCAUAUGCACCUUCACUGCAAACUCUCCUAAAUAAGCUUUAACACAUUGUAUAACUCGCUCUGCCGAUUUGGGCUACAAUGUAAUUACAGGACCCACCAUUGUAACAUGCUAAAAAAACUAAACUGGCUGUCGCUGCAAUCCAGACUCACCCUUCAUCUUUCCAGCCUUGUGUUUAAGAGCUUUUCUGGGAAGCUCCCGCCCUACCUGAGCAGAAUGCUCCACCUGGCUGUUCCCACCUCCUAUAAACUCAGAUUCAGUACCAGCACUUUAUUUAGUCUUCCUAAAUACAAAAAGAAAGCGUCUCGUUCCUCCUUUUCCUAGAAAGCACUGUAAUUAUGGAACAACCUCCUGCACACUUUCAAAUCUUCCCCAGGCCUAAAAUUCUUUAAGAGAUCCCUCUCCACAUAUCUCAAAACCUAAUGCACCUGUCAUGGUUGAUUAUAUAUUUCCUACCAUGUUAAAUUUUUUAUUUAUUGUGUAUUAAUAUUGUUUUUGUAUUUUAUUGUACCAUAAUGUAUCAAUGCAAUGAUUUGUGAACCAGGACAUACUUGAAAACAAGAGAAAUCUCAAUGUAUCCUUUCUGGUAAAAUAUUUUAUAAAUAAAAUAAUUUGUAAAUUAACCACAUGUAUUAUUUUGUGAAUCAACCUCUAAGCAAUUAAAAUAUAACAUAAACAAAAGUUCUUUUUUUACCAUAAAUAUUAGGAGAUGUUAUUGGAUCUGGAGCCUUUGGAAAAGUGGUCACUGCUACAGCGUAUGGCAUCACCAAACCAGGUGUCUCCCUUCAGGUGGCUGUAAAAAUGCUGAAAGGUACAGUUAUGUUAUUUGAAGGGAAGCAGUAAGUAAGGUUGCUAUUGGUGUUUUUGAAACAUACACUAAAACAUAUAUUUAGCCUCUUCAUCUCUCUCUCUAGGCACGACACAAUAUCAGCCAAAGCUCUGCCCAUUUUUAUCACCAUUUUUCACUAUUGAACUAGAAUUUGGUAAAUGUAGAAUGUUUGUUCACCUACUAUUAAUGUAGUAAUUAAAACCACUGUGUGGCAGUUACUAUGCUAUAGAACUAACUGUGGUUCAUUAAUUCGGCUUACUCUCAAUAUUCCAUUGUUUCGUUUUUUUAUUUUCCACUUUUCUACACCACUGUUCAAUCUUAGUUUCCCUAUUCUACCUCUCUGUUCCAUUCAAUAUCCCCUCUUUCCAAUCGAAUGUAUCCCACUUUACUCUCCUGUCUCAUUUCAGUUUCCCAUCUUCUAUCCAUUCCUUGCAUUUCCCCCGCCAACUUCUACCAUACCAUCCAAGUUUGAUCUGGUUUAACUCAUGGGUCCCAAUACAGGUUUCUCUGUCCCAUGGGUUUCCCAAUUCUGCCCUUUUGUGUUUGGAAUUUUAGAAAAUUUUUAGCUGCGAUAAAUUCUUACAGUGAUUUUCAGUUUGUAAAUUAAAUCCCUAUUCUCUAUUACAGAAUGCCAUGAUGUGUCAGAAAAAGAGGCCCUUCUGUCAGAACUGAAGAUGAUGACUCAGAUUGGACACCACAAAAAUAUUGUGAAUUUACUGGGGGCAUGCACUGUCUCAGGUAAUCAAUGAACUUUCUGAUUUAUUUUAUAUUUAAUACACUGUGAGAACAUUACCAUUUAAAAAAAAAAAAUGCAGAUGGAUAGUUAUUUCAAUGUAUUUUCUAACUUCUGUGUCAAUAACAUAGAUCAGGCAUAGGCAACCUUCGGCACUCCAGAUGUUUUGGACUACACCUUCCAUGAUGCUUUCACAGCAUUAUGGGUGUAAGAGCGUUAUGGGGGAUGUAGUCCACAACAUCUGGAGUGCCAAAGGUUGCCUAUCCCUGGAAUAGAUGGACAGUGUACGAAAACAUAUAUUAUAAUUUCUGUCUACUAACUUCAAUUAAGUUUACCUUUUUGCAGGUUUUCUUAUAUACGCUCUGGAGUAAAAAAUGUUGGGUAAAAAAAGUAUUUUCCAACUGCCUAACAUUGGAGCUGAUCAUUAUCUAUUGUUGGAUAAACAUGUUAAUGGCAGCCAGGAGUCUGUAACAUACUUGAAACAGUCAAGCUUAAGAAGUCAGAAUCAUUCCGAAGAAAUUAUACAUACAUCUUGCAACCAAUGGAACCAUUAAACAACACUUUUCAUAUUAUUAAGCAACAUCCAGACCACCAAAAACAAAGUUUUUGUGUAAGAGCAUAACAAACAUCACUCCUAGGUUCAAGAUGUUUGCACAUCACCAGACUUUUACUGAUGAACAUUUCAUUAAUCAAUUAACACAAUUUAAAAAAACAAAUUAAGGAUAAAAACAAUAUAACACAACAAAUGCACAUCUAUAAUAUAGCCUGAAUGUCCAAAUCCAGAUUACCCAUUAGGCUACAUAAGCAGUCUCCUAUGGCCCGAUGGUCCACUAUGUUGGCCUGGAGGUCUGACUCUGGCUGUAAGGGGCUCCUUCUUGGACCUGACAGGAGAUUAAAAAAAUCUCCAUGCUUGGUCCUGUGCCAUCUCACUUGCUCGAAGGAGUGUUGUGGUCUGGAACUCUAUAGGUGUAGACCACUUUAAGAACUCCCUCCUGGCCUUCGGCAUUUCUCAAUAAUUCAGCGCGCUUCAAUCAGCACUCUGAAUCUAUGAGUGCUGGACCUCACGGGAGCUCCUUAAAUGGUCUGCACCAGAUAGAACUGCAGAUCACAACACCCCCUCAUUGGACUAUCAGAGAUUCGCAGUGUGCUUCUAGUGGACCACCUGAAAAAGUUGCCUUUUAGAGGUGGGAUUCAAAAUUUUGUGAUUAACAACAAUUGCACACUUUAAUUUGCUUUUGCAUUCCUUAGAGAAAAGUGUGCUGUUCCUUAGUACAUUUAUUAGAACAUAAAGUAUACUGUUGCUUUUUCUCUAUGAUAUAGGACCUAUUUACUUAAUCUUCGAAUACUGCUGCCAUGGUGAUCUUCUCAACUAUCUGAAGACCAACAGAGAAACAUUUCACAAAACGUGGUCAGAUGUUUUCAAGGACAAUAACUUCACAUUUUAUCAUAAUUUCAAUCAGGAUGAUACAUUGAGGUAUAUGCUUUACAUUUAUGUGAUUUAUUUAUUUCCAAAACAUUGUAUUGCUUUAAAUAGAACAGAAAAAUAUAUUGGGUGUUGGGGUACAUUACCAAACACCUUAGAAUGUAUUUGCAUUUAGAAAAAGAUCUUGUGAUUUAUUUCAUUUUUUGAUGUAAGCAAGUGACAUGGACAUGACUAUGUCCACAUUCAUCUUUCGCAUGCACAUAAAUGCUUUAAUAUCAAAUUGGUAAGCACAUAAAGGCUUACAAAUUGGUAAGCACACGAAUGCUUUAAUAUCAAAUUGGUAAAUCAUAUAAAAUUAAAGGGACUCUGUGGGCACCCAGACCACUUCAUCUCAAUGAAACUGUGUUGGUGCCAUGCUACUGUCUCUUUCACCCUGCAACGCAAAACAUUGACAUUUUGCAGGAAUAAUAAUAGGGCUAGCACACCUCUAGUGGCAAUCAGGAAUACAGCCAUUAGAGGUGCUUCCACAGCUAUAAUGAAGUUAAACUCAGUUUUAGCUCAAAUGACUCUCCUAGAGAGCAUUUGAUCGGUGUAACAUGCGUUUUGCUGCGCAUGCACAGUAGCCUUCCAAUGCUUACGUACAGGGAAGCAUUUCAUUGACCAGCCACGGAGGUGGAGCUUCAGCAUGGAGAGCAGCAAACAGCGGGAUGUAACCCCUGCCCCUACUCCUACAGGGAGUAUGGACACCAAAAUAGGUAGGGGAUCACUAUAGAUUUAGAAAUACAAACGCUAUAGUGUUCCUUUACUAAAUGCAGUUUGCUGUUUUUAAAAAAUCCUGAGAUGCUUUCAUAAAAAGUAAUUUUUAAUUGAGGAUCAUUAUAGGUUCUGACAAAAGUAUUUUAGAAUUAGUCAUGCUUUAGUUAAGUACAUAGCUGUACAAAUUGUAAGCCAGACCUUGUUUGCAUAACGUGGAAACAUUGGAUGAACACUUUGUACUGUGAAAAGUAAUUAAGUGUCUGUACAUUUUGUCUACAUGAUUGUAAAAGCAGAAUUGUGUUAAAAAAGUUUCUAGAAUGAUAAAGUCUCUUAUUCUCCUUUGACAUUGUUAGUAAUAGCUGAUAAAGUAAUAUAGUAUAUCAUAUUAAUAUUCUCUGUGGAUAUCUAGUGGAAGAAAAGGAGAUUUCAUAAGAAACGGCUCCUAUGUGUCAAAAAGCAGUGCACUAGAUUCUGUAAAAUAUCAACAAACUUGGGAAGUCGAGCUGUCUACUGGAAACAAUCACAUGACACAAAAUGAUGAUGGUAAGACAAUUUGGCAUGGAAGGAUUUUUGUUGCAUUUGUUUUAAAUGCAUUUUUAUUAUUUUUCUGGUUAAUUUUUUUUUUUACAAAUUGUCAGAUCAAUAGUAAUAGAUUAUUGUCUUGGGAUUAUAUUAUUUUUCCCUAAUACACGUUUUAGCACACCCUGCAUGUUAUUAGUAAAAAAAUAAAAUAAAAAUAGGGUUAAUGCUAAUUUUAAGGUUCAGAAGACUGAGUUCCUUCUUUAUUCUUAUAGAAACACUAAUCCAGGACAUAACUGUUCUGGCUUUCCAGAGAUGGGUGGGAGAUAUACUCCUGGACAGCAGCUGCUGUUUGUGACUAAUGUCCUUAAUGUAUCCCGUCUCUUGUUGCUGGCAAGAAAGAAUCACUCCAUCUCUGUCUCCCCAGCUUUUAUGCCAGCAUAACAGCAAUAGAAAAAGGUCCUAAUUAAUGAUGACAGCAGCAACUGAGAUUGUGGGCCCUUUGUUGCACAUUAGCAGCCAUAACUGUGGUUCUAGAUUUCAGCUAACAGUUUGUUCUUGGCAUCUCGAUCACAACACUAUUAAAAACUAUCACGUAGUAACAAAUGGGAAGAUUGACAGAAAGGUCAACCACAACAACAUAUACACAACUAGCCAAUAAAAGUGGAAGGAAUCUUUAGCUGAAAGAUUUAAAUGCACAUGUCCACAUUCUCCCCACUACUUAUUAAACUCUCAACCUUAGCACCUCUGGCAUGCAAGGUCCAAGAGGUUUCACCAUUGGAAGUUCUUCCAGGGAGAAACAGGACCAUAAGCAGCAGCUUAGUUUUCCUACAUGGUAUCAGCAUUACUAUGGAAACCUGUGUUUUCUGUAAUGCCAUAAUAUAAUAAAAAAUUUACUUUUUCAACAUAUAGAAUUUAAAUAUGGAAACUCAGAAUGGUGUGAAGAUGAUGAAUUGAAUGUUCUUACGUUCGAGGAUCUCCUCCAUUUUUCAUAUCAAGUUGCAAAAGGAAUGGAAUUUCUUGAAUCAAAAAUGGUAUGUAUUAGAAUAACUGCACAAAAAAAACCCUACUUUUGAACUUUAAUGAACUAGUGAUUAGUUUUGGGAACUGCCCAUCCUGUAAAAUGAGUCAUCAUGAUGCUUUUUAUAGUUGGCUAAAAAUAGUUGUCUCAAUCUGUUGCACGUUAUUAAGUAUUUGUAAUGAAAACAUCAAGUCAAUUAGUGAAAAAACAAAACAUAAGUCCGUGAACCUUUGUACAACGAUGAAAUGGCUUUGUUUACUGUUUACCCUAAUAUCAGUUCUGUACUCUAUUUACAUAUUUUAAUUCCCGUUCCUCUUGGAUGUCCUGCUUUAAUCAUCCUCGGAAUGCAUACAAUAAAAAUAGCAUUUCUGUAUUUUUUUAUGUAUGGAAUAGGUCAGUGCAGUUAAACAGUUAUUAUUUUAUGUUUAUUCUCAUAAAUGUAACCAUGUUUUUGUGUCCUAGUUUAAAAGGUAAUUGGGUCUUACUCUUUACUUUUUAAAUAAUACAUUAUUUUUCUCCUUCAUAGAUUAGUUUUAGUUUAAUCUAAUUAUGCAGGCCUACCAUGGUCCUAGAGAUAAUCAUAAAGUGACCUGAAUAUAAAUUCCUGCUCCUUCUCAAGUACCAUUUAUCGGGGUUUGACGGGUAGUGAAGAUGUAGCAUAUUUUAUGUUUUACUCAAAGCACCAUGACCACUUCAGUGAUUUCAGUAUAAAACACAGCACAUACUGACUUAACCGCUUUGCUGUCAGAGGUGUAACUACACCUCCAGCAGGGUCAUUGGGCUGUCAUUAGCCAGCCUGAGCAAGACACACAGGCUGGGUAAUGCCGUUUGUGUGGUUCAGUGGUCAGCUUAUGCUCCAAUAAAUGGUGAUUGGAUCUUGUUCUGGCUUUGGCAACUCUGCUGAGGCUGGAAGUCAGUGUCAGCAGAGCCGCACGGAGGUCAUAAACCUGGUGGGGCAAUCCGUUGCUAAAUGGUUUGCCCCAUUACUUUGAAACAGUCCAGGAUACUACAGCAGGCUAUAGUGGUUAAUAUGGUUGGAGCAACCCUUUAAUAUUAAGUACAUCGAGAUCAAGGAAGAGAGGAUUUUCGCCAUGGGUAAAGAUACAUUUCCAUGUUAGACUAAGGUUAGAUUUGGUUAUUGGGGAUACUGAAUCUUCUGGCAAAUUGGUGCCAAGAUGUAAUUGUACAACUUGUGUUCUGUAUUCUUACAACAGUGGCUGCCUUUACAAUGCUUUGCAGAACAAAAUACGCGACAAUUUGUACCUAUUAAUAGUUCACUGUUCACUCAGUAGAACAUUAUCACACAGUAGAAUCACUGACUCUCAAAGAUGGUGGUAUGUUUUCGUUGCUGGGCAAAUGUAGCAAGAGCCACGAUUGGCUAUUUUUGUCUGAAUUUUGAAAUUCACUUUGAAUUUAUGAUCGUUCUCACAUUAGUGAAUAACCCUGGUAGGGUUAUUCACUGAAGUGAAAAUCCAAAAUCCAAAGUGAAUUACAAAUGUAAGGCCUCAGUAGCCAAACUGGAAGCAUUGCUGACUUAGAGAAUUUUUCUGGAUCACCUAUUUUUAACUUUAAAUAUGAAAUUCACUUUGUAUUCUCACUAUAGUUAAUAAAACGUCCUGUGAAUUGGUAUGAAACAAGUCUUUGGCACCAAAUAUUUUAAAUUCCCAUUCUCUACUUGGUAUUCUUUCUUAUAUAUUUUUCCCAACCACCUCAAUGCUAUGAUUACUUAAAGCCAUAAAAAUAGUUGUAACCUGCUUUGUUUUAUAGUGUAUUCACAGAGACCUGGCUGCCAGGAAUAUUCUCAUAACUAAUGGAAAAUUGGCAAAAAUAUGUGACUUUGGACUCGCUCGAGAUGUGAUGAAUGACCCAAACUAUGUGGUCAAGGGAAAUGUAAGUGACUUUUUAUAUAAUUGAGCUCUUUGUUUUUUGCAUUAGAAUAUGUACUUUACAGUAUUUUUUGAGAAUCUGAAUCAGAAUUAUUUAAUUAGUGCAACUCUCCCAUUUAGCCACUUUAAUUGCUUUUGAUGUGUAUUCACUAAACUUUGAACUUAGAUAAAUCUUAAAUUAAUUCAAAAACACUCUUAAUCACGAAAGUGUGAAUUGUCAGGAAUUCACUUUAAAUAAUUUACUUUUUAUUGACUAAUCCUGUUUUGGCUUUUUCUGGCUCAACCUGGUAGUAAUACUAAUCCUUUUUUUCAUAAAUUUUUACAGUGCAAAUUAUUUCUACACUUUUGUAAAAAAAUAAAUAAAAAAAUGAUGUCUAGUUUGAAGAACCUAUCAACACUUAGAAUGAAGGUUCUAGAAUCACAAAUACAGGCUAUAAAACCAAGAAAUGUGCACGAACCUUAUUAAAAGAACACUGCAAAUACCAUAACCACUGUAGUUAUUGUGUCAAGACUCCCCAUUGUAAGUAGUCAAACUAUUUAAGCCCUUAAGGACACAUGACGGAAAUAUUCCGUCAUGAUUCCCUUUUAUUCCAGAAGUUGUGUCCUUAAUAAUAGAUUGACUUCUUACCUGAAGUCUGUCAGACGCCACUACACACCUUUUCCCGCCUCCACAACACUGUAGAGCCGGAAGCUCCUGCUUAGGAGCUUUCAUUAUGUCUUCUGAGGUACACCCUGCAGUGCAUGAAUAACUCAUCGGCUAAGAGCAUCAGUUGAUCACUCGCAGCCAGUCAGCUAAAUCUUUGCUUCGGUCCACCAUUUUAUCUUCCCAAGUAUCUUUCUCCAGUUACCUUUCCUACUUCACCUUUCUGUCCUCCCUCUUUAUUUUGUCUUCUCCCUGACUCCCUUGUCAUUCAGUCCAGCCAGAGUAAGUUUUGCUUCCAGGAGUUCUAAGCAUGGCUUACACUGUGUAUGUCACAACACACAGUACUAGAGAGCAGCCAGCGGUGGGCAGUGCUUAGAGCUCCUGGAAGUUUCUUUGUAGCUGGACUGCAUGGGAAGGACCUCUAACUGUUCUCCCGCCAGCACUCUGACAGGACAGGAGGUAAGGAGGGGGAUUUUUACAGGCAGAGUAGGUGCCUCCAUCAAGUAUGUGCUUGUAGACAGGUGGCCUCUUUACUUAAUGGGAAAUAUGUCCCUGGUAUAUAUCUUUAUCACCAGAAUUCCAAAACCACAAGAGUACUAUUGGAACCAGACUUCACAUUAAGUGAUACCUCUGAGGGUAGACGUGCCCACUAUUCAUUUACAUCUCCUCCCCCUUGUGUUAAUUUAUUACUGUAUUACACUACUUUGUGUCUUUUUCUUUCUUUAGAUUAUUUAUAAUAUAUUUUGACUUAUAUAGUGUAUAUUAUUUGGUUCACAAGCUUACUUUUUUUAUAUGUUUUAUAUAUACCCCUCACAUUUUUGUAAAUAUUUUAUUAUAUCUUUUGAUGUGACAACACUGAAGAAAUGACACUAUGCUACAUUGUAAAGAAGUAAGUGUACAGCCUGUAUAACAGUGUAAAUUUACUGUCCCCUCAAAAUAUCUCAACACACAGGCAUUAAUGUCUAAACCGUUGGCAACAAAAGUGAGUAAACAACUAAGUGGAAAUGUCCAAAUUGGGUCCAAUUAGCCAUUUUCCCUCCCAGGUGUCAUGUGACUCAGUGUUACAAGGUAUCAGGUGUGAAUGGAGAGCAGAUAUGUUAAAUUUGGUGUUAUCGCUCUCACACUCUCUCAUACUGGUCGCUGGAAGUUCAACAUGGCAGCUCAUGGCAAAGAACUCUCUGAGGAUCUGAAAAAAAGAAUUGUUGCUCUACAUAAAGAUGGCCUAGGCUAUAAAUAGAUUGCCAAGACCCUGAAACUGACCUGCAGCAUUUGUGGGCAAGACCAUACAGCGGUUUCACAGGACAGGUUCCACUCAGAUCAGGCCUCGCCAUGGUCGAACAAAGAAGUUAAGUGCACAUGCUCAGAGUCAUAUCCAGAGGUUGUCUUUGGGAAAUAGAUGUAUGAGUGCUGCCAGCAUUGUUGCAGAGGUUGAAGGGGUGGGGGGUCAGCCCGUCAGUGCUCAGACCAUACGCCGCACACUGCAUCAAAUUGGUCUGCAUGGCUGUUAUCCCAGAAGGAAUCCUCUUCUAAAGAUAAUGCACAAGAAAGUCCGCAAACAGUUUGCUGAAGACAAGCAGACUAAGGACAUGGAUUACUGGAACCCUGUCCUGUGGUCCGAGGAGACCAAGAUAAACUUAUUUGGUUCAGAUGGUGUCAAGCGUGUGUGGUGGCAACCAGGUGAGGAGUACAAAUACAAGUGUGUCUUGCCUACAGUCAAGCAUGGUGGUGGGAGUGUCAUGGUCUGGGUCUGCAUGAGUGCUGCUGGCACUGGGAAGCUACAGUUCAUUGAGGGAACCAUGAAUGUCAACAUGUACUGUGACAUACUGAAUCAGAGCAUGAUCCCCUCCCUCCGGAGACUGGGCCGCAGGGCUGUAUUCCAACAUGACAUGACCCCAAACACACCUCCGAGAUGACCACUGCCUUGCUAAAGAAGCUGAAGGUAAAGGUGAUGGACUGGCCAAGCAUGUAUCCAGACCUAAACGCUAUUGAGCAUCUGUGGGGCAUUCUCAAAUGGAAGGUGGGGGAGCGCAAGCUCUCUGACAUCCACCAGCUCCGUGAUAUCGUCAUGGAGGAGUGGAAGAGGACUCCGGUGGCAACAUGUGAAGCUCUGGUGAACUCCAUGCCCAUGAGGGUUAAGGCAGUGCGGGAAAAUAAUGGUGGCCACACAAAAUAUUGACACUUUGGACAUUUCCACUUAGGGGUGUACUCACUUUUGUUGCCACCGGUUUAGACAUUAAUGGAUGUGUGUUGAGUUAUUUUGAGGGGGCAGAAAAUUAACACUGCUAUACAGGCUGUACACUUACUACUUUACAUUGUGACAGAGUGUCAUUUCUUUAGUGUUGUCACAUGAAAAGAUAUAAUAAAAUAUUUACAAAAAUGUGAGGGGUAUAUAUAAAACAUAUAAAAAAGUAAGCUUUGUGAACCAAAUAAUCUACACUGUGUACUCACUUUGGUGAGAUACUGUAUACAUAUAGCAGUGUAUAUGUAUGUGUAUAUAUAUAUAUAUAAAGGUAAGAAGCUCUGGUUGCUGGAACAUAAAUAAGGAAAGAUACCGACACUCCAAGGAUUUUUCAUUUAGAAAUUCUUCUUUUAUUGAGAAAAAAUCAUCGACAUUUCAGCUCCCCUAAGGAGCUUUCAUCAGGACACAUGAAUGAAAGCUCCUUAGGGGAGCUGAAACGUCGAUGAUUUUUUCUUAAUAAAAGAAGAAUUUCUGAAUGAAAAAUCCUUGAAGUGCCGGUAUCUUUCCUUAUUUAUAUAUAUAUAUAUAUAUAUAUAUAUAUACACACACUAUAUCUAUUCAAUAGCAAACCAGUAACCUAUCUCAUGCUGAUGAUGCUGAAACAGCUGUCCAUGAGUGGUUCACUGGCUUUGCAUCUUUUCCUAAGUUGUGUUUCAAAGCUGUUGUAUACAGCAAACACAGACUCAAAGGAACCCAUGUUUAAAAUGGAAUGAGGCAAAAAUGUGAUUCUUUGUUAAACUAAUUUGCAUAUGUCCACCCAGAAUCCUUUGUGGUAGUAACAUCACUGCAGAUUUGUGAUUUCUGUGGGAAAAGCAAGUCUUAUGACUUGACUGGUGUGCAGAUUCUUGUUUAACAUUGUAUUAACUAUAUAUAUAUAUAUAUAUAUAUAUAUAUAUAUUUGUAUUCAGGGCAUUCUCAUAUGAUAUAGAAUAAGAUGGGUUGUAGAGAUGUAGCUUUAGGAAUAAUCAGUUGACAUGUGCCGAAACCGACGUAUGCUGUAGGCCGGUAAAAAGUGGGCUUACAUAGAGGAAAUAUGAACAAUGGGAGUGGAGGGUGGGUCUAUUCGUCUGACCAACAAAGGUAUGUAGGGAAAGGGGGGAAUCCCUAUUAUAGGUCUAUAGCCCCUCCCACAACUUCAGGCCAUGCCUUCCAAUUUGUGUUCGGGGCAUUCUCAUAUGAUAUAGAAUAAGACAGGUUGUAGAGAUGUAGCGUUAGGAAUAAUCGGUUGAGGUAUGCUGUAGGCCGGUAAAAAGUGGGCAAAAAGAGACAUAUUAAUGCAAAACAUUAUACAGGAUCAUAGUGCAUUUGUUAACCAUCAGGUAGACAUUUUAAUGAAAGCUUCCAAUUCCUGAAUCGGCUGUGGUAUGUAAGUCGCAUAAGCCUAUGAUGCCCAGCGGCCCUGUGUCUUAACGUGUGCGGGGAUGUCUUGGCUACAGGCCGAGGAGGCUGCUCCUAUCCUAAAGGAGUGCCCUGAGUAGUCGCUAGGGUUUAGUUCGAGCCUGGUGAAUGAGUAGGUGGACCUGUGGUAAGGACAGUAUCGUACAGUGACAGUAAUGGUUCAGUGUUGCGUAUGGUGGCAUGCCCAAGAACGUAACCAGUACCUUAACCGGGCACCCAGCAUUGCUUGUAAGGUAGUAGGUUAUAUGCACUGGCUCGCUCAUCUGACUCCUCUUAGUUUUAGGAAGGGACCAGACAUAGUGGUCUGUAUGUUUUAGAAGAUAAGAGGUAAACAGGCACUCUUGUUUAUGAUGUUGGCCGCUGAUAGUGAGUUAUUUUUUGGCCUGAGAAAGCUGUUAAAGGCUAGCUAGGUAGCAGUUUUGAUAACUGCAUUGGUGCGUAGCUCGGAAGGUACAUGGUUGAGUGGUUCUGACAUGGCUUGAACAUUGUAUGUCUAUGGCCAGUAUUUAGUUUUAGCGGGAACAUCCGCUUGGCUAUGUCUCUAAGCAAGGUAUGGAUGGGGUAGGAGGAUAGGAACCCUUGUUGUUUGGGAAGGAGAAAUACGUAUAGUGUUGAAUGGCCGUGAGAUAAGUUUAACUGUGUUGUGCGAGAAUUUUUAACUUAAGGUGGCAAAAAGAGGCGAAGGCCAUAAGUGGUGAAACCUCAAACCAGCUAUCUAAGUGAUGGUCCGACAUGAAACGUAUUGUAUAAGUGGAAAACCCUGUAGCAAGCGUGUUGAGUGCAGGUGGACAAGGCCAGUUUUGUCAGAGCCGGGCUAUGUUGGCGAGAUUCAUGUAAUCCAUGACCUUGACCAUAAAUGACCCCCCUGCCAUGGCGGCUGUCACGGCAGCUGCCACAAUAGUUUACCAUUACGUGUGGUUAAGAACGUCCACCAUAUGUGUAGGUCUGCCGUGGCUUGGUUGUCUAGGGACAGCCCAUGAUCAUCAUGCAGGAGUGUGGAAAAAGCAAAGUGGUCUUAGAUGAAAGCGCGGCCUGCGGUAUGAUGCGCAUAGCAAAAUUUAAGGAACCUGGUAGGGAUUGUAGUUCCAUGCGGUUGCAAGUACCAAGCAGGAGGUGGGAAUUGGUGUUGUUGCAACUGUUCCUAUUUCUCACAUGGUAACUUGUUGGCAUGGAUGCCGAGUCAAGUUGUAUGCCCAGAAAUGUAACAAUAGUGUCUGGGUCUUCUGUGUCCUUAGGGAAUACUGGGACACCCAAGUGUUCAGACAUACUAAUGGCUUCCUUGAAGCUUCUAGAAUGGAAGGCGUUCCCUUUGACCAACAAGAAAUCAUCUUGUGAGUGUAUGACUGUGGGGCAUCUGGAUAUGUUUAACCACAACCAGCAAAGAGUUCAACGAAUAUAUUGAAGAUUGUGGGCUUCUCUUGAACCGAAAGUUAAACGGGAGAAGAAAUAUAUAACUGCUUCCCAUAAAUGCCCUGUAAGUGCCAGUGUAGGGUGGAUGGUGGUAGUCUGAAAUGCGUUUGUGAAAUCAGUUUUACUUAACCAGGCUUCCCCACCUGCUUGAGUGAUAGCUGUAAUGGUAUGAACAAUGGUGGCAUACUGUAAUGAAAACUCCUCGGAGGGUAUGAGGGAGUUGAGACUUGUGGUAGCCGAGGUGUGAGGUGCAGAUAAGUCUAUGAUCAGUUACAGUGUGAGGGAAGAUUCCCUGUGACAAUCCCAAUGGGAUUGCGCCACGCUGUAAAUGGUGUAGAUCGGAGAAGCCCAGGUAGAAAUCUUCCUGCCAUUUCUUGGGUCAUGAGUGUAAUGCCAGCUGUUGGAUGCUGCUGUGAUGACUGCAAGUUAGGGCAUUCUAGAUUCCCCUAAAAGUAUAUGGCAAUACCUGCACGGAAGGCCUUUAAAAUUCAGAGAUUAGGAAAUCAACUAAAUGUCUGGAAGGGUAGAAAGUUAGAAAGUACUGGAAAUGCAUAAUGUUUACAGACGUGAAGUAAGGUUCAGGGUACAUUUAUUGGGACACAUGGUUUUGCAUGUGCCCUGACAUAUUGAGAACAUAUCUGCAACAAUCUGCAUGCACUGAAACUACAUGUGCCAACAUGGAAAUUGUUGCAAAUCUGGCAUUUGCCAAAGAGAAUGAGAUGAUCCAAUUUGUCUCUGGUAGUUCUCUAUGUACUACCAGAGGUGCUAGAGCUUGGAGCCUGAAACGUGAUUGUCCGCUGUGUUGGGACAAAAAUUGUCGUGUGGGACUAGCAACAUCUUCUCCAAGUGAAAGUGUGUUGACUCUAGCUGGAGUGUUAGGUAGAGAGAAAUCCUUACCGCCUGCUUGAUACAUACUAAAAAACAUGUGAUUUUUGUGGCCACCAAACAUAGUGGCAGGAUGUUGGCCUCUCGGUGACUGUAACCAGAAAAAAGGGGAAGGGAGUGACAGGUGAGGUCCUCUCUAUAUACCAUGCGAGGUGGCUAGCUCACGAGUGACCCGAUGGGUGUUUGCCUCCGAGCGUUGAGGCGGGGUGUUGACCUCGUGGGACCACUAUACGACAGGCGUAGAUGCCAAGAAAGGAGAAUACCUAUUGGAAACCUAUAGUCCCUAAUUGCCAGUACGCUAAACAGAACAGAAACAGAAAAUCUAUGUAUAUACCACAUGAGCAGGUGUAUGUAUCAGGUAGUAUGAUUAGAUACCCUUACUGGUCGUUAGGGUUAUUAAUACCUGUAUCCCAGACGGGUAAAACAAUGUAUGAAAAUUGAAUAUAGACAUUUAAAAGUGUAUACCCAUAUGUGUGUUAUGCAAGUUUAAUAGAGCAAAGUGCUCCGUCCCAAUGUUUAUUGUAUGCUUGUAAUGCCCCUGUUUGAAGGAAAUUAACUUGUCGGGAGUGUUAUAUCAUGUGUGAUAUGGAAUACUACUGUACCCCGAAACCAUGACUGGCAGCUGAAUAACCUAAUAUGUGAAAAUACGUAAUUGGAAGGACUUAUAUUUUAAGCGUGCAAACAUGCAAAUAUUCCGUAUUAGACUCUGGAAUCCUGCAUAGUACUAUAAAUAGUAUGUGCAUUCUUGGGUAAAUGUAUGUGUAUUGUCAGUAAAUGUAACUAAAUGCCUAUGUAGGCUGGUAUGCAGGAAUGAUUAUAUCAUAGCAAGCAUGAGUUGUAAGGAAGUGUUAUUGUGUAAUUAUAAUUAUAGUGGGAAUGUUAUGAGGGGAAUAACCAUAUGUCUGAAACGCCUGUAGUAUACCGUUUGACAGAUAGGAGUCAGUAUAAAAGCGAAAUGCUGUAGUUAGUUUGGUUGCUUAUGAAGUGAAAUAAAGUCUGAGAAGCCUGUAGUAUACCGAUUGACCGGUAGGGGUCAGUGUGUAGAUGAAAAUGCAGUGGUUUAUUGGUUUGUACAUGAAAUCCAAAAAACGUCUAAGAAGCCUGUAGUGUACGAAUGACCGAUAGGGGUCAGUGUGUAGGUGAAAAAUGCACUGGUUCGUUGGUUUGUACAUGAAAUGCAAUAAUGUCUGAGAAGCCUGUAGUACACCGAAUGACCGGUAGGGGUCAGUGUGUAGGCGAAAAAUUUCAUUUCGUUUGUAAUUUUAAUGGAACAGAUUUUAACCCAACAGAUUUUAAACAACAGAUUUUACAGCUAGGUGAGUAUAAGGUAACAAAAUAACCGUGCAAAACGAAAGGAAACCGUAAAGUGAGGACCCGUGCUGUGCUGAACGCCGUGGGAACUAAUCCUGGCGCGACAGGUGGGUCAACUUACAGUUUGAGAGUCCCUGAGACACCAUAUGCAAUGCUAACUGGAGAGAAAGCCACUGGAUUAACGGAAAGCCCUGCUGCAAGAUUCCUGGACACAGCUUGGAGUAGGAGACCUCAUGGAGCAGAGCUGAAACCAAAAUGGCGUCUUGUAUUACCUGGAAGUGGAUCUCAUGCAAAUGCUGACCUUGAACAGUCUAUUCGUCUGACCAACAAGGGUAAGUAAGGGAAUCCCUUUUAUAGGUCUAAUACCCUUCCCACAACUUCAGGCCAUGCCUUCCAAUAUAUAUAUAUAUUUUUUGUCAUAUAUUAACAGGCUUAUUGACUAAUGUGAUUAUUUCCAGGAAUUCAAGGUGAAUUUCUAAAUAUAGGUAAAAAUAGCCAAAUUGGAAACAAAAUAGACUUGGGGAAUUGUUCCAGUUCAGAUAUUUUGGUCUAUAUUUUGAAAUUGACUUUGAAUUGCUGACAAUUCUCACUUUAGUGUAUAACCCUCUAUAUCAUUAAGCACACUGUGUAUGUUUAACUCAGAUCAAUAUUUCCAUGUUUUGUGUAGGCUCGGUUACCUGUAAAAUGGAUGGCUCCAGAAAGCAUAUUUGAAGGAAUAUACACCAUUAAAAGUGAUGUGUGGUCCUACGGCAUAUUACUGUGGGAGAUCUUUUCUCUUGGUGAGGAUGGUGCGAUGGCAAGAGGGGAUAUUUAUGCAGUUUGUAGUUACAGUUUUAAAAUAGACUUCUUUUCUUUUACGUUAGGCAUCAACCCAUAUCCAGGUAUCCCAGUAAAUGCCAACUUUUACAAGCUCUUGCAAAGUGGAUUUAAAAUGGACCAACCCUUCUAUUGCACCGAUGAAAUGUAAGUGUGUAGGAACAAAUCAGGUCCAGAAUAGGAGACUGCCCUCCGUUCACCACCCAAUGGGUAACACGAAGACAUCUUCCUAAAUUAAUAUGGAUUUUUUUUCCCACCAAGACAUUUCAUUGUUUUAAAUGAGACAGAAUGUAGAUAACAGUUGUUGGGGUUACAAUUAAAAUUACCUUAAGGAGAUUUACAGAAGACAAAUAUACUAACUAAAAUGACAAAAUAAAACUAAAUCAAUAACAUUUUCAAGUUCAUAUAUUAUAUUAACAUUUCACAUUAAUAACAAUAUCAAUAACAUCAAAAUGGUCAGUUCCAAAUAACGCCCUUGAAAACCUGUUAUGAAAUAUAUUUCCUUAUGUUCUAUCUGGAAGUAACCCAUGAGGGCUCUUGCAAAGAAGAUCAGUGAGUGAAUUGAAAUGUUUUGUAAAUAAGUCUAAAGAUUUUAUGUAUGGCUCACAAGAAUUAAAAAACUGAGAAACCAUUUGUUCCCAAUGCUGGGCAGCCUUGACCCAAUCCAAUUUGGAAAGACAUAACCCCAAGGUAAGUCUGUCUGGUGAAAUUCAGGUGUGGGUGAUGGUCUUCCUGCCAUGCCCGCCCAUGUUUUAGACACAUUGAAGAGUCUAUCAAACUAAGUCCAAGUUGGGAAUCUGGAUCCAAGUGUGCAUAUAAUGUGGUCCACCGAUGCAUCUCCUGUUAUAUAAGGUGAUAUAUUUCCAUUGGUGGAAAUAAAGAGGAAAUUGUGUCUAUUUGUAAAUGGGGCAUGUUAGGUUAGAUUAUUCUUAUGCAGCCAUACUGUAUUCUAGUAGAGUAAAGAGAUUGGGAAGGAUUACACACUAAAGAGUAUAACGAGUCCUUGUCUUGUAAAUGAGGUCUAACUGAAUAAAUAGAAUUUUGAUUUUGUAAAUAAGCAAUAAGGGGAUUGGAGUGCAGGGAAUGUGUCAAGUAUGUAUUUGUAAGGUGUAAAAUGUAAAAUUAAACAUAGAACUAGCGCCUCUCUAUCCUGCAACUGGACGAUUCAAUCUUUGACCCCUGUCAAUAAAUCACUGCUUGAAGCUCUGUCCUUUGUACAUGGCAGUCUGCAUAGAAAAGGUAUACGGAGAAGAGUAGAAAGUAAACAAUCUGGGAGGUUUAUCAAAGUGUUGCAAACAGUUUUGCAUCUUUUUGGAAGCUUUUUAAACUCAAUUUAUGUUUUUUACAUUUGUACCUUUUUGAACAUUUUAAUAACAUAGGGCACAAAAAUAAGAAAACAAAAAAAAGAAAAAAGCCAGAAAGGGGAAAAGAGGAAAAACCAUUAAAAUGGCAUUCUAUGUAUAAAAAAAAACUAAAUUAAAAAAAAGAAAUCACAUUUAUCAUACCAUUAUUUUUUCCAUCAGAAAACUGUUUUCCUUCCGCUUUUUUUUGGUGAAUUGGUGACAUUUGGACAGAGACAAACUGACACUUUAGAUCAUUAUAGAAGAAUUUAAUAAAAAAUAUUCCCAGAUCCCAAGAAAGAUCAAAUUUUUGCAUGUGCCUUUAAAAAGAAACAAACGGGAUAUAUGUGUUUAUUAACUAAUUUCUCCAAGAAGAAGUUUUAAGUAAUCAACUUGCUUGUAAAUAUAUGUUUUUGUAGAUUCCUAUUUUAAGGUCUGUUUUCCCCACAGAUAUUUCCUGAUGCAAUCCUGCUGGGCUUUUGAUUCUAGGAAAAGACCAUUUUUCCCACAGCUUGUUUCCUUUCUAGGAUAUCAGAUCUCGAAUACAGAAGCCAUGGUAUGUAAAAAUGUUGUAAGGAAUGAAAAAUAAAUGAUAGUGACUUUACUACCCACAACACAGAACCAGUGCCAGGGAUAGGCAACCUUGGGUACUCCAGAUGUUGUGGACUACAUCCCCCAUAAUGCUCUUACACCUAUAAUGUUGGCAAAGCAUCUCAUGGAAGGUGUAGUCCAAAACAUCUGCAGUGCCAAAUGUUGCCUAUGCCUGACUAGUCACCAGGGCCAGACUGGCCCACUGGGAUACCGGGAAAUUUCCUGGUGGUCCGUCGGCACCUGGGACUUCUGGGUGUGCUGGCGGCCGCUGAAGGAGCAGGGAUGGCGGCCGCUGGAGGAGCUGUUCUGGUGGCCGCAGGGGAAGCUGUGCUGUAUCUGCUCCCCAGCGCGCCAGUAUGUGUGUGUCUGUCUGUUUGUCUGUCUGUCAUGGUGUGUGUGUGUGUGUGUGUGUCUGUCUGUCAUCGUGUGUGUGUGUGUUUGUCUGUCAUGGUAUGUGUCUGUCUGUCAUGGUGUGUGUCUGUGUCAUGGUCUGUCUGUCUGUCAUGGUGUGGGUGUGUUUGUGUCAUGGUGUGUGUGUGUGUGUCUGUCUGUCAUGGUGUGUGUGUCUUUGUCAUGGUCUGUCUGUGUCAUGGUCUGUCUGUGUCAUGGUGUGUGUCUGUCUGCAUCAUGGUGUGUGUCUGUCUGUCAUGGUGUGCGUGUUUGUGUCUGUGUCAUGUUGUGUUUGUGUCUGUAUCAUGGUGUCAGCGUCUGUCUGUGUGUCUGUCAUGGUGUGUGUGUGUCUGUCAUGGUGUGUGUGUGUGUCUGUCAUGGUGAAUGUGUGUGUCUGGGUGUGUUUUAAAAAUAAGUGUUUUUACUCACCUUUUUUUUUUCCCCACGCCAUGCUGGUCUCCCCUCAACUGGCCCUGCCUCUAUGGCUGAGAUCAUCAAGCUUGCCAUAGGAUUGGCUGCAAAACGCUACACCAAAUCUCUACCAAUCUCUAUGGGGAAUCUUCAGCGGCUCCAGAGUGUGGGGGCCCUGAAUGUAGGUGCUGCAUACUGUGCAGCACUGACACUGGAAGCACCUCUAGUGACCAUCUGAGUGACUGUCACAAGAGGUGUCACUAGGAAGCAAUGUAAACUCUGCCUUUUCUCUGAAAAGUCAUUGUUUACAAUGAAAGCCUGCAGGGACAGGCUAUAGACCCCAGAACCACUACAUUAAGCUAUGUGUCCAAUUUCCUUCUUCUCUCCCUCCCUCUCCAAUUUCCUUCUUUUCCCCCUCCCUCUCCAAUUUCCUUCUUCUCCCCCUCCAAUUUCCUUCUUCUCCCCCUCCCUCUCCAACUUCCUUCUUCUCCCCCCUCCAAUUUCCUUCUUCUCCCCCUCUCCAAUUUCCUUCUUCUCCCCCUCCCUCUCCAAUGUCCUUCUCCCCUUCCCUCUCAUUGCCUUCUCCCCCCUCCAAUUUCCUUCCCCCCUCCCCUUCCUCUCCCCCCUCAUAUUUCCUUCCUCUACCCCCUCCCUCAAAUUUCCUUCUUCUCCCCCCCUUUCUCUCCCCCCUCCAAUGUCCUUCUUCUCCCCCCUCCAGCUUCCCUUCUUCUCCCCCUCCUCUCCCCUUCCUCUCAUUGCCUUCUCCCCCAAAAAUUUCCUUCUAUCUCCCCCCCCUCAAAAUUUCCUUCCUCUCCCCCCUCCCCUUCCCUCUCCCCUCACCUCAAAAUUUCCUUCCUCUCCCCCCUCAAAUUUUUUUCCUCCCCCCCUCAAAUUUCCUUCCUCUCCCCCCCUCCCUUAAAUUUAUUUUACCGUUGCGGUUGUCAUGCCCUGAUGGCGGCCCUGUGUGUGCGCGCCUGCUAGUGAGGGAGCUUGCUUGCAUGUGUGUGUGUGUGUGUGUGUCUGCUAGUGAGUGAGCUUGUGUUUUUAUGUCAAUGAGCUUAUGUAUAUCAGUGAGAUUGUUUGUCUAUGAGGCUGUGUAUCAAUGAGCUUGUGUGUGUCAGUGAGAUUGUCUGUGUCUGCACGUGAGUAUGCUUACUGUAUACUUAAUCGUUUUACUCUGAAAGGACCAAUAUUUUAUAUUAGAAAAAGCAAUAUAUAUUUGAGAUAUAUGUAUUACUCAAUCAUCUGGGGUAGCAAGACAUAGCCUUACAUAUAACAUGCGACAAUAUAAGGCGCAUUGACUUAUGGGGCUGACAUAUAUUUUUUUCCAGGGCUGCUUUGUAUCCCCAGUCCGGCCCUGCUAGGCACUGCAAGGCAGCAAGAAAUCUUACAAUCUUAAAUCUUACACGAAAGUAAGAAUUUCCUCCCCAGAAUUGUAGUGACUCCCCCACAACAACUGUUACACAUCUCUCCAUAUAGUGUGGGAUUGAAAUAAUGCCCCAUGUGUAGCAUACCACAUUACAGUACAAUAUGUAAAACAUUCCUCUAAAGAAUAACAUUUAAAAUUAACAUUUCUGUUAUUUAUAUUUUUUCAUUGUUUCCCACAUUCUAAUACAAUGUAGCAUUGAGUACCACUUACCAUCUCUAUAUAACACCAGGGCGUAGAUCUGAAAGCAAGACUUAAUAGAUUUUCCCCUCUCUCAUAAACAGGUUUAUCAAAAUCUGGAUAAAAGCAGAGAAAGCAAUAUUCAGAAGAGAAACAGCUCAAACAAAGUCGCCUCCAGUUUUUCAGAUGAAGGCUCAACUCUUAUUUAGCGAGGAACGCGGAACCUGCUUUUGUGAUUUAAUUAUGUAAUUAUGUCUGAGAUGUUCCUAGUUAGAUGAACUGACAGAUGCUGGUUCUUCGUUAUUAUUUUACAGCUGAAAAUAGAAUUGACCUUGUAUGGAUUAUCCAUGGUUAUUGUCUGGCUCAGCUUUUAGCAUAUAUAUUGUCAAUAUUGAAACAUUCUAGUGCCAGAUGUUUGUGCAAUUCCUCAAGUGUGUCAAAUGCGUGACACCCACAUUAUAAAAAGGGACACACUAGACACGAUAACCAGGUUCAUUUAAGUUUUUAUGGUGCCCUCAUUUAGUGUUAAAACACUCCAAAACAGUUCAAUAUUGAGCCAAAGGAUAGUGCCAGGGGACUCAAAACACCAUAACUAAUCCAGUGAGAUGAAGUGAUUAUGGUGCAUUGAAUGUUCCUUUAAUCAAACUGAAUUCAGGGAUGAACAUGAACAAUAUAUAUGGCAAAAUACAUGGCUCCGUUUUUAAAAGCUAAUCACUUAUUUUACGGGGUUUUUUUUUUUUUUUUAGAGACAGUGUUAGCGUCUUUUUAUUAAUGUUAUAGUGCUAGAAAUAUACUGUAUACUACAGAAUGCAUUUUCAAGAUGGUCACAUAUAGAAAAAUAGCUUCAGAAAAAAAUGUAUGUGCUUUAUUGUAAAAUUGUUGUAGAUUUAAGAUAGAUCAUAUAUAGGAGCCCAGUAGGUGAAUACAGUAUUAUGAUGUCUGAUAUUUACUAUGUGAUUCAAAGGGCAUAAUAUGCAGGAUGCAACCACUAUGUUAAUGCAUUGCAUAUUAUAGAUAGAUAGCUAUACACAUAUACUUUGAUAGGUAUAUACAUAUACUUUGAUAGCUAUACACAUAUACUUUGAUAGGUAUAUACAUAUACUUUGUCUUUGUUAAUUUGCUUCUUUUUAUCGAGAUGUUUGAUCAAAGAACUUCUGGCUGUCUGUAGUGGAGAUGGGGAGCUGCAUCCAACCAACCACAAGCAAAAAGUCAAACUUUUAUCAAAUGGCUUGACUAGUUACAAUAGGAAGCACUAUGGCGCUUCUGGUACUAUAACAUCAACAGCAUGCUGUAGUGGUUAUGGUACAUUGAGUGUUCCUUUAAGACUAAUUUAGCUUAGUUGUUACUAGCCAAGUUAGGGAACUGCUUCAAAUCUAAAAUGUUUGCCUAAAUGUUACCAUUCUGAUCAUUAUAUUUAAAAGUUUAGUAAAUAAACUCUGAUGUUUUGUAAUAAAAUUAGAUUGUGAACACCGAGAUUGAAACUGGUUGAGCUACUUUAAGGGGUAUAAUAAAAGUAGAGUUUAACACAUAUUGGGUAUAUUGGGAAAUUUACAUAAUUCCAAAUACCGAAUACAUUUUGAUUAAAAUCUAGCCAUGGGACCUAAGUAAAGAGCCCAAACAGAAAUGGAUAAUCUUAACCCAAUAUGCAGAGCGCCCUUUACUCAAUGGAACCCGUUUAUGCAAGAAUUAAUGUAGGGUAUUCUAGUGACUGGGAGAUUUUAAUGAAUAUAGUUAAUAUUUUGUGUUUUAUUUUGUGUGGUUAUAAGCUGACCUUUCCAGCUGAUUUUAUAAGCUAUUGAAGUGUGAUAAGCUAUUUUAAUAUAUGUAUUUUGUUGACUUUUUUUAACUUCAAGGGGAUAAACCUACUAACGCAUGUGUUCUCUAAUUUGCAAGUGUGAGACAGAGAGGAUUUGUAUAUAAUGGGUUAAUAAUCCAUCAAAGAGUUCUUGAGCUAUAAACCGCUAGAUCAGGCUUAGGCAACCUUCGGCACUCCAGCUGUCUUGGCUAAACCUCCCAUGAUGCUUUGCCUAUAUUAUGGGUGUAAGAGCAUUAUGGGGGAUGUAGUUCACAACAUCUGGAGUGACAAAGGUUGCCUAUACCUGCGCUAGACCAAAGUUUGUCACCAGAAACAACAGAAUGCACAGUUUGCACUUAUAUACUUUUUCUAUUACGUUGUCAUUAGUGAUGUCCCGAACGGUUCGCCGAACGGUUCGCCGAACGGUUCGCCACGGAUGGCGAACAUAUGCGCUGUUCGGUCCGACCCCCUAUACCAUCAUAGAGUAAACUUUGACCCUGUCCCUCACAGUCAGCAGAC